CUUUUAAUAAGUAAUUGAUUUUCAGAGUUUAGUUUAAUCAAACACAUCUGUUUACUUAGCUGAGAUGCCUUAUAAUUGGUGAUUGUCUAUAGUAAAAAAAAAAAAAAAUUUAUUAUGAAAGUUCGUAAGAUUCUAGAUUCAGCCUGAUGAUAUUCUUUGAGCUGGUUGGUCACAUCUGUUAGCUUUUGAAUGUUUUAUUUCCUUCAUUGUAUAGUUCUAAAAUAAACUCUUCAGUAAAGACAGAACAAAAAUACCACAAAUUAGACCUUACCCAAGGCAAAGGAAAGGGAAAAUUAUAAUUUGUCUGUUAAUUGCUGACGCCCAGUGUCUAGAUUAGUGCCAAAGCUGCCUGUUAGCUGUCCGAGAAUAUGAUGUUGAUGUCCGAAUUUUUUGUCUUUAUAAAUAGGCUCUGACUUGAUAAAGUAGGAUAAGCCUAGAAAUUAAGAGGGUUGUCAAUUAGAAGUUCCUUGAAAGGAGAAUUAAGAAAACAAAAGACACAGGGAAAGAUUAGUUCAAAGAACUAAUGGACCACAUCUACCAUGGCCUCUACCAGACUGAGUCCAGCACAACUAGGUGGUGCCCGGCUACCAGCACCGACUGCCCUGAUAGGGAUCACAAUAGAGAGUCCUGGACAGAGCACGAGAAAAAUGCAGAACAAAAUUCUAACUCACAAAAAAAGACUAGACUUACAGGUCUGACAGAGACUGGAGAAACCCGAGAGUAUGGCCCCCAGACACCCUUUUAACUCAGUACUGAAGUCACUCCUGAGGUUUACCGUUCAACCAAAGAUUAGACAGGCCUGUAAAACAAACAAUAACACCUGUAGUUUAACUAUUUUUAUGAGACCUUUUGUGGGCACACCGGCACAAAAGCAAAGAUGAGAAGGCAGAAAGGGACAGGAAAACUAAACGAAUGGAAGUUGGGAAGCUGAGGCUGAGAAGGGGAGAGUGUUGACACCUGAUGGGGUUGGCAACCAGUGUCACAGCACAAAACAAUUUGGUAUUAAUUAAAUGAUGAGAAACUGAUAUGCUCUGUAAACUUUCACCUAAAACACACACAAAAGAUAUUUCCUUGGCUUUAUCUUCAUCUGUUUUGUGUGAAUGAUUUCCUGAUAUAUUUCUCCACGUUUUUACUUUGUAGCUUCUUAUCUCCUCUCUUCCUGUUCUGAUAGUUACUAGAAUAAACACAGAAUCAGCACUUUGUAUAUUUGUGGUCUUUUCUCUGUGGAAAAAGUACAAUCGAUCCUUUCUUUUCCUUAACCCUCCCAUCCUCAUAUGAACUGAGAGAGACAUCUGAAAGAUUCAUAGUAAUUCUCUGGACAGACUUGAAAGUUCUGAAGUUAUAUGCUAUAAAACAACACGCAUCUGUUAUUUUUGCAGACAUUGUAUUUUUGGAGUCUUCUAGCAUUGGCUGAGGGAGGCAAAUGUUAUCAGCCAUUUUGUGGAUGAAGAAAAUGUGGGUCAAGACCUAAUGGUCUGACUGAGACUAGAGGAACCCCAGAAGACAUGGCCCCCAAAUUCUGUUAAUCCAGAACUAAAACCAUCCCCGAAGCCACCACUUCAGACAAGGAUUAGACUGGACUAUAAAACAUAAUGAAGAGUGUGCUUUUCUUAGUUCAAGUAGAUUAAAAAAAAAAAAGUUUUUUUUUUUUUUUAAACGGGCAGCUCUUGUCCGGAGGACGAAUGAGAAGGCAGAAGGGGAUAGGAGCUGGUUGAAUGGACAUGGGAAACCCGGCGUGGAAAGAGGGAGUGUGCCGUCAUACUAUAGGGAUUGCAACUAGGAUCAUGUAACAAAAUGUGUAUAAAUUUUUGUUUGAGAACUUGACUUGAGCUGUAAACUAUCACCUAAAGCACCAUUUAAAAAAAAAAAAAGUGUGGGUCAGAGGGCCCGUGUCUGGUCCACAGAGUCCCCCCAGGGGGUAGAAGAGGUGAGACGUGGAGCCCCAAAUCUAGGGUUUCAGACCCUGUACUUCAUUAUGGCUUUGCAUUAAUGUGAUUGAAAUCUCUCGCAAAAUAAAGCAUCUGCCUUUAUGUAGGGACAUCUUGACCUUGAAUGUCACAGUAGCAGCUGAGUUAAAACAGUGUCGUUCUGAACUUUGUUAAUAGAUACCCAUUGCCAUGCAGCCGACUCCGACUCAAGGUGACCCCGUGCGUGCAGAGUAGAACUGCUCCCCAGGGUUUUCAUGGAUGUGACCUUUCGGAAGCAGAUUGCCAGGCCUUUCUUGUGAGGUGCCUCUGGGUGGGUUUGAACUGCCAACCGUUCAGUUAAUAGCCUGUUGCUUAACUGACAUGUCCUGCAGGGACUCCUGCUUUAUUAAUAGCUAGUCUCAAUUUGAGCUUCAAAAAUUAAGAUUCACAUGAGGAGUAGAGCUGUAGAUUCUCCUUUCCUCUGCUGCUAACUUGGCUAAAGUUGCAUGGCUGAUUUUUCACCUCUCUUGACCUCUGUUUUGUCUUCUGUGAAACGAGGUUAACUCUAAUGUUCUUUAAGACCUUCUAGAGUUCUAUAAUUCCCUGUUUUAAAAUUUGAACUGUAUAGCUUCUUAUUAGGGAAUUUAUUUUUUUCUUCAAAGCUAGUGGAGUGAACCGAUAAUGUGGUAAAGUCAUGUUGCCGUUCCUAGGUUUAAGAGCCCUGGUAGUACAUGGUUAUGUACUUGGUUGCUAAGUGAAAGGUUGACAGUUCGAACCUACCUGCUGCUCCGCAGGAGAAAGAUGUGGCAGUCUGCUUUCGUAAAGAUUUACAGCCUCAGAAACCCUGUGGGGCAGUUCUACUCUGUCCUAUAGCGUCGCUGUGAGUCGGAGUCAACUCGACAGCGGGGUUUUUUUUUCUUUUGUGGGUUACUAGAUUUGUCUGAAUCUAGUUGGCAGGCCAUGGUGUUUUCAGUUGCCUCAUGCACGCAAAAGCUGGACAAUAAAUAAAGAAGACUGAAGAGGAAUUGAUAUCUUUAAAUUAAUGGUGUUGGCAAAGAAUGUUUGAAUAUACCAUGGACUGCCAGAAGAAGAACAAAUCUGUCUUGGAAGAAUUACACCCAAAAUGCUCUUUAGAAGCAAGGAUGGCAAGACUUCAUCUCACAUACUUAUCGACAUGUUAUCAGGAGGCACCAGUCCCUGGAGAAGGACAUCAUGUUUGGUGAAGUAGAGGGUCGACAAAAAAGAAGACCCUCAACAAGAUGGAUUGACACAGUGGCUGCAACAAUUGUGAGGAUGAUGCAGGACUGGGCAGUGUUUUCGUUGUGUUGUACAUAGGGUCACUGUGAAUCGGAACCGUGACAACAACAGUUAAGACUGAAGGAGCAAGUGUGUGCAGAAGUAGAAACUGCUACGUUGUUCCUCCUGCUUCUGACUUACAAAUUUGACUGCUCUCCUAGUUCUGCUGUCACUAAACGAUCAUAAAAUCUUAUACCGAUCGAGUAUCAGCUGUAUGUGAGGCACUGUGCCAGGUGCUGUGGGGAAUACAGAGACAAACCAGACAGAACUGCCCUCAAGGAGCUUAUUAACUUGUUUGGAGAUUUUACAAGUUCACAGUCAAGACUAACCUUAAUUAACAAGCACAUAAAAUGACUCUUUGCAAUGUCUGUGUGGAGUUCUGUAGGCGAUACAAGAGGAGAGACUGUUGAAGGUCCUCCUCACCCCAAGGCCAGGUAGAACUCAUCUCAAGUAUCCUGGGGGAGGAUAACAAUAUUUCCUUCAAGAUUCUCAGAAAUCUCCGGUCAGCCCUUGGAGAAAGUGGAAUUCUCAGCUGACAGUGAAAUUGCCAGCUGUGAACCACUGUGCCCACCACUGCGUCAGGCGAGUGCCCUGGGUCUCUCAUCUCAGAAUUGCCGCCCUUAUUGCAGGUCCUGAAUGAGGACCAGACUGUCAGUUUUCAUAGGAUGAGCGCUUGAUAUUUUGGAUCAGUGAGUCCUUUUUUUUUUCAGAUAAUGUAAACUCUACUUAAUAUGUUGUUCAUUUGCUUAAAACCUUUAGAUCUUAAAAAUUAUUGUGCUAGUCGUCUAGUGCUGCCGUAACAGAAAUACCACAAGUGGAUGGCUUUAACAACGAAAUUCAUUCUCUCACAGUCUAGUAGGCUAGAAGUCCAAAUUCAGGGCGCCAGCUCCGGCGGAAGGCUUUCUCUCUCUUUCGGCUCUGAUGGAAGGUCCUUGUGAUACAUCAGUCUUCCCUUGGUCUGGGAGCAUCUCAGUGCAGGAACCUCAGGUCCAAGGGACUUGGCUCUGCUCCUGGCACCCCUUUCUUGGUGGUAUGAGGUCCCCCUGUCUCUGUGCUGGCUUCUCUCUUUUAUAUUUCCAAAGAGAUUGGCUUCAGACACUAUCUAACAGAUCUCAUCAGUAUGACUGCUGUUAAUCCAUCAUAGUGAUAGGAUUUACAACACAUGGGAAAAUCUCAUCAAAUGACAAAAUGGUGGAAAAUUAUACAAUAGUCGGAAUCAUGGCCUAACCAAGGUGAUACUUAUUUUUGGGCGAUGCAAUUCAAUCCACAAUAAUUAUUGAGAUCACUUCUUGAUGAUUUUAAUGUAAUGUUGGUGUUAGGUACCAAAAAAAAAAAAGAAAAAGAAAAAAAACUAAAAAGCACUGCCGUCGAGUUGAUUCAACUCUCAGCAACCUCACAGGGUUCCCAAGGCCGUAAAUCUCUGUGGAAGCUGACUGCCACAUCUUUCUCCCUUGGAGCUGCCGGUGGUUUCUAACCGCUGACCUUUAGGUUAGCAGCCAACCGCUUUACCCACUGCAUCACCAGGGCUGUUAGGUAGUAUAUUAAUAAUACUUUAUUCCUUUUUUUUAUUUAUAAAGGCAUGAGUGUAUUAUGCAAUUACAUUUCAAUCUAGAAAAUACUUAUUUAGACAAAUUGCAACUUUGCUUAGAUUAGUAUUGAAUGUUGUAAAUCAGUCCUAUCCAGGUUUAUUUUUCUAUCCUACCAGUAGAGGGUCUAGUUUGAAGUGUGUUUCUUUCAGUCUGUUUCCUUUGAAACUUAAACUAUUUCUUACUUCAUAAUAGAUUUUUUUAUUUGUAUUUUUAAAGUGCUGUACUUCAAAUUGUCGACUUCUCCUUAACCUAGUACCUGUGCUAUUUGACAAGACGUUUCACAGAACAUUGUUACCAAAGUGUUUUCCAAAGGGAGACUUCUUAUGGUGUUUACAUUUUAGCUGUGCCCGACAUCUGGAAAUAAAUUAAUACUAAAUCCCAAGACAAAGUCGUAAUUAAUGCUGUGGCCUUCAUUUUACACUAAAACAGUUUACAUUUCCUUUAACUUGUGAUGACGUGGGUAUGUAUAAUGGCUUUUCUGAUAUACUGUAAUUUGUGAUACAGUGUGAUUAAUGCUUAGUCUUUUGAAUGAACUUAAUUUAAGAAUAAUGCAAAUUUAAUUUGAGAUUUGUGAUGGGAUGUUAAAGAUUGGUUGAAAUUCAUUGAUUCCUGACUCCCAGGGGCCUUCAGUAGGAGAGAAUUGAAUGUAUUCUCAACAGGUUCAUGUUGGGUCUCAUUCAAGGGAGCAGUAUUAUUAUUUUUUUUUUUAGCAAACUCGUGCAAAGUACUUAUCAUUUUACAUCAGGUACACGCAAUCAGUUCUCUUUUGGCCAAUUUCAUUAUUUUUGAAGAACAACAAAAAUUGUACUGAGUUUCAAACAUGUGAUAACCUCAUUCUGUUCUGUUGAGCUAAUCAGUAGGUGUGUUUGUCUCCUUUCAUUGAGUAUUUUCCUAACUUUCCAAAGUACAGCUUGUCAUUGUAGAAAACAAGCCAUGUUAUGAUACAUACAUAGCAUAUAUAGUGCAUACAUGUUUUUUAAGUAAACUUUUUAAAAUAAGCUUCUUUCCUGAUACCCCGCUCCCCAGAAUUUUAACCACCUCUUGGAUAUUUCCAUCUGAGUGGCUCACUUUUAAUAAACCUGAGGAUCUUCCUUUGCUUUCUGGGUAUUUGUUAUUAGGUAACCCUGGAGUCAGCUCUAACUUGGGUGAUCCUAUAUAUAACAGAAUGAAAUGUUUGCCCAGUCCUGUGCCAUCUUCAUGAUCAUUGGUCUGUUGAGUCCACUAUUGUGGCUAUUGUAUAGUGCCUGCCAACCUAGGAAGCUCGUCUUCCAGCACUAUAUCCGACAGUAUUGUGUUGUGGUCUAAUUCUUGGAAGUAGAUUGCCAAACCUUUCUUCCUAGUCUGUCUUAGUCUGGACCCUCCAUUGAAACUUGUCUGCCAUGGAUGACCCUGCUGGUACUUUAAAUACCUGUGGCAUAGCUUCCAACAUCAUAGCAACAUACAGACCACUACUGUAUGACAAACUAACAGGUGGGGGCUUCUGGGUAACCUCAUCCUUAAUUUUGAUGGCCUCUGAGUUCCAGUAGAGGGGGAUGUAGUAGGGUUGCAGCCGUGAACUCUACCGUGUAAAGAUUGGUCUGGACCAGAGUAGGAAAGUCUUUAAAUGCCAGCUUAUCUGAAAAUGAUUCCACUGUGUGUGAGAGAGAGGGAGGUUGAGAGCAUCCUGUGGACUCUGUUCAAAUUUGGGCAAAUCAGAAACCAUCACUAAAUCCUCAUAAUUUCCAGUUGUGUCCCUUGCCUACUUCUUUGCAGAGGCCAUCUAGCUCUAAAGAGGCAAAGUCUGGUUUGAGUGGGAAGCAGUGGCCUGAAAUGUACUUUUCCAGGCUUAGGUCUAUUAUUGACCUCCCCUUGGGAUGUAGCUAGAAGAAAUACCAUGAUGGCGCUCCUUCAGUGGGUCACAGCCCAACUCCUGGAGAACAGAGUCUAGGUAGGGAAGGAGCACACACAUCUGUAAACAUAGACCCCCCGCCUUCUCUUGUGACCUUAAUGAUGUGAACCUCCCCUGGGCCAGUGAGGAUGUCUGCUCCCCAGGUGGUGUGAUGUGGCUUCAGGUGUGUGUGUGUGUGUGUGUGUGUGUGUGUGAUGUGGGUUGGGCAAGAAGUGGCUCAGAACCUGUCUUGGGGGGAGGGGCUUGGAAGGGCCCUUUUACUGUGCUGGCAAACUGACCUCAGAUUCCAGAGAACCUUUUGUGGAGAGGGAAGAGUGGUUGACAUUUGUCUUGGAAAGCAUGGAACUUAAUUUCUCUUCUGUAGCUCCGGCCCUCCCCACCUCCCCCCACUCCACCCCCUGCCAAAAUAAUGGUGCGAUUUGAGGAUGGGGAGUGGAAAACCCCUUGGUGGGAGAUAGCUGUUCUAUCGUCCUUAAAAACUACAUAGCAUCAUAUUAGAGUCAAUUGUGUUCAUUCAUGUGAAUUAAUUUUUGGUAAUACGUCCUUUUUAUUAAAAAUUACUGAAUACAGACAUAUGCAAUGGCUUUUUUUGAACAUUAUUUUAAGUCCAUGCCCGUGUUAAAGUAGACUUAUGACUUCUAUUUUGACCUGCAGAUUUCUGAUAAUUUUUUUAAAAUCGUUGUUCUUUUCCUAGAAAUUUUGCCUUGACUAAGGCAAAAUUAACAUCCAAGGUUGUUAAUGUGAGGUGAAUCACUUCACAUGAAAACUCUGACUUCUGCUUUGCUGGGAAGCAGUUUGGGACAGCAUUUUUUUGAAUUGAUUAGUCUUGGGUUUUCUUUACAGCACGUCUGUUGAAAACAUAAUUUUCGUAUAUAAGAGUAGGCUAGGAGUUGAAGAGAGACUUAUAGUGACCCUACAGGGCAGAGUAGAACUGUCCCAUAAGAUUUCCUAGGCCGUAAUGUUUAUGGUAGCAGAUGACCAGGUAUUUUCCCCCACAGAACUGCUGGUGGGUUCCAACUGUUGACCUUUUGGUUCGAUGGCACACAACAGUGACAGAAGUUGAAUGAGCUGACUUCCUCCAACUUUGAAGCUGAAAGGGGCCUUGCCCAAGAAAACAAUAGUAUUUAGGAGGGCAGAGAAUCAAACCAGGUGGGCGUAAGUCUAGGUCCUGCGUUCUUUCUGCUCUGCUAGGCGGCUUGGUCAUAUCAGUGGCUGUUCUGUAUAUUAACAGCAACGUUAUAAAUGAGCCUCUGCCCUGAAAGAGCUUUUAGUCCCUUCUGCAGCCCCUGAGUCUGGAAUCUACAUGAAAUUCUGAGUGGUUUCCUGAAGUAGGGGCCCUUAGCUUGGGGUCCCUGGUGGUAAGUGGAUGGACUUCAGGGGUUCCAUGAUUUGGGGUGGGAAAGGUUUACAUUUUUAUUUUUUCCCAUUUUUAACUGAAAUUUAGUAUUUCCUUCCACUGUGAAUGUAAGCAACACAGCCAGUGGCAUUUUGCAGUGCCUGUGACUUUGUCAUCCGCAGAAAUGGCAAGUAUUUUCAUACCACAUUUCAGUUGUUGUGGAUAUGUUGAAAGGAGGAUAUGUUGAAAUACAGAUUACUCUCUUACUAUGAAACUAUGGUAGUUAUUACGGCUAUGGCUAGAUCUUCUUGUUUAGUGUGUUAACAGAACUAAAAAAAAAAUGAGUUGCUGUUGAAUCAGUUCUAACUAAUGGCGACCUGAUGUGUGUCAGAGCAGAACUGUGUUCCACAGGGUUUUCAGUGACUGAUUUUUUGGAAGUAAAUCACCAGGCCGUUCUUCCAAGGUGCUUCUGGGUGGCUUGAACCUCCAGCCUUUCAGUUAGCAGCUGAGUGCGUUAACCAUUUCACCACCCAGAGGCGCCCUGUAUUAUUAUAUCUCACAUCUUUUAAGUACUAUUUUAAUAACUGUAUUUUAUUAUACAGCUAUUUAAAAUAUUUGUACUAUUAUAUUUAUAAUAUAAUUGCAUAAAAUUAAAACCAUUUAAAAAAACAUCCUGAGAAGGAGUCUCUAGGCCUCACCAGUCUGCCGUGGGGGCCCGUGGCGCAGGAGGGAAGGGCCUGGCUGGGGACCAUGUGCCAUCCUAUCCUGUGAUCGAAGUGCUGAUCAGGGGCCCAGAUCACGAGGCCAAAAGUCCACGCUGGUGGGGUAGAAAAGCAGUUUAAUUUUUCUGCUUAAUAGAACUCUUUCCAGUAACAUAGCCAUGACAAAACAUCCCUCAAAGUGGAUAAAAUAAAAUUUCUUCUCUGAAAGAAAAUCUAAAAAGAAGUUUAUUUAAAUUGGAUAAAAAAAAUUCACUAUUUCUUGUAAAUUUAAUUAUUUAAAUCGUCAUCGUGGGAUUAUUAUUUAACCAGUUUAUUAGGUUAAAAAAGAAAAAAACUAAAUUUUGUUCUGGAAUAUGUGAUUAUUUAUGUUACCAUGAUUGGGUUGGGUUGUGGGUCAGGUACUUAGGGGUUAAUGAUUUCCAGGAUUAGAAAAGUGUCAAUGACUUUUAAAAAUCUGCAUAAAAGAGUGUGACUUUUUAGUUCUUGGAAUUCAAAACAAAACAAAACAAAAAAAACAAACCACCCAUUGCGGUAAAGUUGAUUCCGACUCAUAAUGACCUUAUAGGAAAGAGUAGAACCGCCCCAUAUGGUUUUAAGCAGUGGCUGGUGGAUUCGAACCGUUGACACUUUGGUUAGCAGCCUGAGCUCUUAAACAUGGUGCCACCAGUUCUCAGGAUGGUUGUGACAAAGUGGUCGCUGGAGUGUCUGACCCCAUGAUUAACAGAGAUAUGCUAUAAAACAAAAAAUAAUUUGGAAAGAGAAUUGGCUCAUGCAUUACUCAUACUGUGCUUCUCCGCACAUGGCAAUAUAAAUACCAGCUGCCAGAAAUUCCCUUGAAAUGAUGGACUGUACAGAGAAACGUUCUUAAAGAAUUAAUGUGGCAACAACAGGUAAUAUUUACUGAGCACUUAACUGGCUGAGCACUUCAGAUACGUUAUAUAAUUGAUCCCUUCACUGGAACCAUGUGAGGCUGCCCUUGCUAUCCCUGUUUAAUAGAUGGGGGAGCAGACUUGGAGAAGAUAAGUAAUUUACCCGAGUACUAGUCCUGGCAGCUUCGCUCCUGAAGAGCUUCACCUAGGUGUGCUGUAUUUGCACACAUGUGCGGUGAUCCCUGGUGUUGGUUACAGCUGAGAGCCCUUUGGCAUGGUUUUGCAUCUAUAUUCUGCAGGUUAAUGGGAGCCUCCAGGCAGGCAUCCCCUAUCCUUAAUUAAUUUAGAGACUGGAAGUUGAGUGGAAAAGCCUUCUUUUCAUGCAGCUGUGGCGGGCAGCUGCCUGAGCUCUGCGUGUUUAUCAGUGGCCACGCUCCAAGGACCACAGCCCCUGAGGAGCCUGCAGCAGGCUCUGCUUCAAGGUUCCCCAACAAAGCUGUCUGAAAACCUGAUGGCCAGUCUCUUUUGAUUGAGCAAGAAGCAGGAAGGUCAUAGUCACUUGCUUUCUUCUUCCCAGGUGGGAUUUGCAGCACCACCAGGUAAAAAGUCCUGAAAGAGCAAACUGAAAUCACAGACGCCAUAUUGAGAAUUGUAUUUCUGAGACUUAAAUUUUCUGGCACUUUUUUUUUCCCCCCUCCAUGGGUUUUCUUUUAGUAAUAAAGACCAUAGUUCUUAAAGAUAGUUUUUGAAAAAGGAAGACACCUUUUGUCAUCUCACCACCCUAAAAGAGGAAUUUUUCAUAUUCGCAAUUAGUUUUCAUAAGUAUUUGUAACCAUUUUGUACACUUUUAUAUUCUUUUCCUCUUCAUUGUAAUGUUUUUUUCUCCUUACCAGUAACUGUAAUACAUAUUGCUAUAUGAUAUUCCAUGUAGUUGAAUGUCCCAUAAUUUAUUUAAACCAUCUACUGGACACUUAAAUUUUUGCUCCAGUAGGUACAAUACCUGUGUCUUUCUUUCUCCUAUUAAAUUAUUUCUUUUGCAUAAACUCCUAGGAGAAGGGUUACAGAGUUAAGGUACAGACAUCUUUAUGGCUCUUGAUACAUCUUACCAUAAUGCCCUUCCAAAGGGUUGCACUGGUUGUCAGUGGUGUUCAAGUACCAAACCCAUUGCCAUUGAGUCGAUUCUGAUUCAUGGCGACCUUCUAGGACAGAGUCUUAUGGAAGCAGACUGCUGCAUCUUUCUUCCACGAGGGUGGCUGGUGGGCUCAAACCACUGACCUAUCAGUUAGCAGCUGAACGCCCAACCACGGUGUCACCAGGGCAAACUACACCCAAACUACACCUCCAAAGAGGCAUCUUGAGUUGAUCUCUUCUAAAGGACUUUAUCUCAGAGCAGUGUAGCUACCAUUUUAAAAACAAGCGUACUACAGUUUGUGCAUACCAAGAGCACCGUGUUCUUUCAGACAGGCAGACUUUAAAACAGUGCCCGAAUCUCGGGGACUCUGCCUUUGCACACCGGUUUUAGAACUCCCUCAUGGUUGUCCCCAAGGCGGGACCCAGCUGCUGACUCUUAGAGUUUAUAGCCGGUGGCACAUUCUUUGAAUACACUCUGUGACGGCAUAUUGAAUGUACUCAACUGUGGCACAUCUUUUCCCUUCGAGGGUGAAUUUAGUUUUUGUUAAUAAGUUGUUCUUCGGAGCCUUGUUUGGGGCAUAGAGUCAGUGGGUGGAGCUGGAUUAUCUUCUUUUUGGUCACUGGUAAAGUGAGGUAAUGGUGCUACUGUUCUUUUAGUUGGUGAUCUGAUUUAAGAAUGUCUUAGGAAAGAGUUCCAAAUAUUUUUAGUAAGCUGCCGGGACCGUGACAGGCAGAUAGGCUCCCAAAGCUUUGGGGAGUGUGUGUGCGAGUGAGAUUAAGUAUGUAUGUAGGUACGCGUAUUAGGUAUCUAUUGCUGUGUAACAAAUUGAGAACCCAGCUAAGUCAGGCCUUGACUCCAGACUCACCAACCAAAACCCACUGCCAUCGAGUCGAUUCUGACUCAUAGUGACCCUAUAGGACAGAGUACAACUGCCCGAUAGAGUUUCCAAGGAGCACCUGAUGGAUUCGAACUGCUGACCUCUAGGUUAGUAGCAGUAGCAUUUAACCACUAUGCCACCAGGGUUUCCUCCAGACUCAGAAACUGAGAUAAUAAGUGUGUAUUGUUUUGAUAAUUAUGCAGCAGUAGAUAAUUAACACAGUAUGCACAUUUUACCUGUUCCUAUUACUCCGUGGUCGGACUUUGAUGCCAAGCGGGAGUCCCUGAAAUUGCUACUCCACUUCUUUACUAGGUUUUUAUGACGUUUCUUCUAGUUGACUCAAGAUUUAGUAGGAAUUGCUUUAUAUAGUACCUGUGGUUGUUAAGAUUAUGUGUCAGCUUGGCGAGGCCAUGAUUCUCAGUGGUUUGGCAGGUAUUGUGUAAUCAUCCUCCAUUUUGUGAUCUGCUGUGAGCAGCCGGUCAGUUGAAAGAAGAGUUUCCUUGGGGGUAUUGCCUGCAUCCAAUGUAUAUGGAUGUUCUGGCAAAGCUUGCUUGCUCUCAGUCGUGCAUCUGACUCUUCUUCCUCUGACUUCAGUUCUUGGGAUGUGAGCCAGCAGUCUGCCAUCUGAUCUGCAGACUUUGGGUUCAUCAGCCCCUGCAACCAUGUGAGUCAGGGGAAGCCUCCAGCCUGAUACCUGACCUGUGGAUUUGGGACUUGCCAGCCUCCACAACUGUGUGUGCUGGUUCAUUGAAAUAAAACUCAGGUUCAUGUAAAAAAAAGACUUAAUGGUCUGACUGAGAGUGGAAGAACCCCUGAAGUCAUGGCCCCCAGACGCUUUGUUAACCUGGAAUCAAAACCAUUCCUGAAGCCCACUCUUUAGGCAAAGAUUAGACUGGGCUAUAAAACAUAAAAUAAUGUUCAUGAAGAAUGUGCUUCUAGUUCACGCAGAUACGUGGGACCAAAUGGGCAACUCCUGUCCAGAGGCAGGAUGAGAAGGCAGGAACUGGUGACUACCUUUUACCUAAAGCACAAUAAAAAAAGAAAAAAAAUGUAAUCAAUAUAAAAAUUUACUAGUGAGAUAUUUUAUUUUUUGCCUAAGUCUUCAAUCUCAAGUAUGUAUUUUGGACUUAGGGCAGUCACGGCUGGACGUGGCACAUUUUGAGUGCUCAGUAGCCAUGUGUGGCAGAUGGCCGCCGUGUUAGCCAGGGCAACCCUACACUGCUUCUUGUUACAUCCUUCAUCCCCAGCUGGCUGGCUGGGCCCUAUUUUAAAAAACACUCCUCUCUGCUGUAAAACAGCUGGUGAGUUCUUAUUUCACAAGCUCUCCUUCUUUACCCUCUCUCUGACUUGCCAACUCCUCCUGUUCCUGGUUGUCAGGAAGCAAAUGGAGAAAAAAUAUAGUAACAUUUCUUGGGAAACGAAGUGUUUAAAUGCAGCCCACAGAUUGUGUAUCUGCUUAUAAUGACUUAAAGAAAAAUAACUGAAGAGUAGCAGGCAGGCAGCCAUAGCCACCAGUUUUCUAAGGAAAGGGGCUGUGUAGAUGCGGUCCCUUGCCCAGAUCUGCCUGAGAAGCCUCAUAGGUUUAGGUGGCUCUGGUCCCCGCCUCUCCUUUACUCAAGAGUCAAGGCUGCACAAGGAGUCUGUGGACAGGAACACGUGCAUCUAGGCAUUGUAAAUAAAAUUGGCGCAGGAGGGGAACCAUUCAGAGAAAAACGAGAAUUUUUGUUUCUCAAGUAGUCUCUGAUUUCGUCCGUCCUUGUAUGAUGUUUCUGCAUUUUUAACUUUUACUUUCUUAAUUUUUAUUCUCAUUUUUGAUUCAGAAUUUUGGAGCCGGAACUGCUGGAUUCAACUCUUGGCUCUACCACUCACUGGGCCUUGGCCCAGUUACUUUACCUUUUGGGGCCUCAGCUACCUUCGCCUGAAAAUGCAUUGUUAGGAAGAUUAGAAUGAGUUUACUGUUCAAUGAGUUAAAACAUGUAGAACGGUGCCUGGCAUGUGACAUUAUGUAAGUGUAUUUGUACUUGCUUAAUUUCAAGAUAUAAAGCAGUAGUAAAUAAAGAAAAGGUAUAUUACAAAAAUAAAAGGGAAUGGUAAAGAGAAUGUCCAGGGAGUUGUGUCAGGGUGGGUGGUUGCUAAAUUUCAAGCGUAUAGAAUUUUUAUAAAAUUAGUAUUUUGGACAUGGUUUAUACAAAAAAACUCUUUAAUCUUUAAGGGCAGGAUGAAGAUGUCUGUUGCAUCAUGACCUCCAGCUGGAGACAGACUUAGUGACACUAUCAGAUGUUAAAAUGUUUUUAAAGGGUGGUGUUUGCAUCUGGCUUCUGUCUUCCUUCUGAGAGGUAGAUAGACAACAGUGAUAAAGGCACACUGUGUUCUACAACAAAGAAACCCUGAAACUUAGCUGUAGGGUGGAUGUAUGUGUGUUUAUAUAUAUAAACGAUCACAUUGAACGUUUCUUUAGGAAUAAGGGAAACCCUGGGGGCGGCGUAGUGGUUAAGUGCUACUGCUGCUAACCAAAAGGUCAAAAUCCACCAGGCGCUCCUUAGAAACUGGGGGGCAGUUCUACUCUGCCCUGUAGGGUCGCCAUGAGUCGGAAUCGACUUGAAGGCAGUGGGUUUGGUUUUUUGUUUAGGAAUAAGAGGAUAUAGGAUAUAUAUUACCUUUAGAGUAUGUAGAUCUGUGUGACGUAGAAGCAGACUACUCACCUGCAGAAUAAUCAGUUCAUGGUUUAGAGUUUGAAGUAUCGAAUUAAUUCAUAUGUUAAAUUAUAGAAGGCUAUAUUGCCUAUGAUAUGGGUAUUGAUAUUUAGUAAUCUUGGUUUUUUUUCUUAUUUUAAAUCAGAGAUCUUGAGCAGGUCAAGAAAAAAAUUGUUUUUAAAAAAAGUAACUUUAGCCUUUUUUAUACUUCAGAUAUUCAAGAAAAAAUUUGGGGGAAAUAAACUAUUGCAUUAAAUAGUUUCGUGCUUUAGAUUGUUUAUAAUUUCAGCAUUGAAAACUAUUAAUACAACUUUGUCUCUAUCCUCAUUCACAUAUUUUAUUCUCAGUUUCUAGUAAGAAAUGGAAGAACUAAUUUCUAUCUGGACAAAUACUUCAAGAGUAGGUUCUCAUUGUUUCUCAACAUGUGUCUUAGGUAGAAACUAAUGUUCUUUAUGACAAAAGGACUGUUUUUUUUUUUAAGCUUAUGUUUCUCAAAUAGAGACUAUUAAGACUUCCUUUGAGUCCGUAAACCUCUCCACGAAGAGCAUGCGCCUUGGUUUAACACAGUUUGCAGCAAUAUCUAACCUUUAUUUUCUUCUGUCUGAAGCAAAAACCCUUCCGGUCUCGAAUCCUUUCUUUUGUCAGGCCUACCCAUCAUUCAAAUCUAUUUUUUUCCUACAGCUGCUCCCAGAAGCUUUCUCAGGCUGACUUCCUCCCUCCCAGGGUAGUUUGAGGACCUAAUUUUCCAUUCCCUCCUUACCACCCUUCAAAAAUUAGGCAUUGUAGAAGGCUGCAAGAACUCUUCAGCUGUGACGUCUUUGAGAGCUGUUAGCUUUUGAACGGCCCUGUAGCGUUUGAGCUGCCCACCGGUCUGCAGAGCUGCUGGUAGCUGAAAGGGUAGGCAGUUCUGAAAGCUGUGACUUAUUUGAGGUAGAUAAAUCUCAACGAUGAGGAGCAGGGACUGUUUGAAGGAAACUGAGAGUGCUGGUUUAGCAGUUUCUUACUGGUAUCUUCCUAACAGCCUCUCCGAGCCUCUUGGGAGUGCUUGAACUCUUUGGCCCUCCGUUUGAGAACCACGGAUUUAGACUGUUGAUUUUAACGUUCUCAAGUCCCAGCUCAAACACUUGAGUUGCUUUUUUUUUUUUUUUACUUAGUCCCAAAUGAGAACCUUCUGGCCCCUUGGAAUUAAUAAAACUAAAUAUCCUAUUCAUCUGCCGGUGCUCAGUUACGAAAAGUCCUAGAAAAAGUAAAAUAUUCCUUUCUUCCCAGUUAUAAUGCAGGCGUCAUCCGUAUUUUUCCUUUAGCCUGCCCUCUUCUCUUCUGUGUACCCCCUCUUGUAGAUGGCUGGUCCAGUCUCAUGGAUUCAGUGAUCACGUCUCUAAAAGUGAUUUGAUCUCGGGUCGGAGCCUCUACCUUGCAGUCAGUCUCCUAUUUUUACACACAGGAAUUUGAAUGUCUUCUCUUGGGAAUUUAGUACUUAUGUAGGAUGGGGAAGAAAACAGCAACCAAAGGUCGUUGCUGCUGAUUUCAAGGAGCUUGAAGGUAUUCCCAGGCAUGCUCCUUAGAAGUGAGAAUAGUGAGACCUUGGCUCCCUUACUUUGGACAUGUCAUCAGGAAAGACCAAUCGCUAGAAAAGGACAUUGUGUUUGGUAAAGUAGAGAGUCAGCGAAAACGAGGGAAACCCUCCAUGAGAUGGGUCGCCACAGUAGCCGCAACAAUGGACUCAAACAUACCAGUGAUCAUGGAGAUGGCACGGGAUAGGGCAAUAUUUUGUGCUGUUAUACCUAAGGCCCCGUUAGUGAGAGCUGACUCGAUGGCAGCUCACAACAAAUAGGGCUUUUUUUUUUUGCCAUCCUGUUUUUCUUAAACCCUUCUUCCUGAAACUGGCUUCUCUCUCUGCCAUUUUCACAGUUAGUAAAGCUUAAGGAUUAUCUUGGUGCCAGGAUUCAUCUGACCUGCUGGCCGUCCUUCCUCUUGCUGCGUCUUGGUCUCUAGGUCCUCCUGCGUCUGUUUUCUCAGCAGCCCCUUCCUGUCCAUUUUCUCUGCUGGCUGCCUGAUCCCCCUACCAUCCUCACGUAGGUGCCUUCCUGCCUGUCUGUGGGCCUCUUCUUUCUCCCAGGUGCUGCCAAAGCACUUUUUUCUUAAACCAGUUAUUAUCCUAUCGUUUUCCUCCCCGAAAAAUACAGUAGUUUGUUUUCCUACAACACUGAGUGUUCCUUUUCCCCUCGUCCCUCGGUCUUACAGUCCUGUCCGCCCCAGACAGACCUGUCUUCUUGCUGUCCAUCGCACGUGCCUUUGCUCAUGCUGUCAUCUUCUCUGGAAUGCCUCCCGCUGUGCCCGUACGCUCCACUCAUUACUGUGUCUGCACUGUGUCGGGAGCCUCCUGGGCAGGUAGUUACAGGUCAGUGGGAACGCUCCUGUGGUGUCUGUGAUCUGUCCUGCUUCGCGUUUAGAUCUCUCCUCCCUCCCCUUAAGUACUGUUAUUGCUGUUAGUUGCCAUAGAAAAAAAGAGUCACCUCCAAUUCAUGGUGACCCCAUGACAAUGGAAUAAAACACUACCCAGUCCUGUGACACCUUCAUGAUCGUCGGUAUGCUAGAGUCCAUUGUUGCAGCCAUUGGGUUUUUUGAGUGUCUUCCAACCUAGGGGGCUUGUGUUUCGGCAGUAGACUGGCCAGUAUUCUGUUGUGAUCCAUCGGGUUUUCAUUGGCUGAUUUUUGGCCAGGCCUUUCUUCCUAGUCUGUCUUAGUCUGGAGGCUCUGUUGAAACCUGUCCGCCGUGGGUGACCCUGCUGGUAUUUGAAAUACUGGUGGCGUGGCUUCCAGUAUCACAGCAACACACAAGCCACCACAGCACCACAGACUGACAGAUGGUUGGUGGCAGAGUUCUAUCAUGGCAACGAAUAUCGCAGCAUCUCUUUGGCACAUAAGAGUUUACUACUUAAAUGUUAGUUUUUUUAGCAUGUGAAUACAUGUUUUUUGAAAGAGCUGAAACUUUAUUCGCUCAUUAAACUAGUGUUUGAUUGCGUGCUGUGUGCCAAACCCGGUUUUGGCAAUACCGCACUGGGAAAAGUAGAUAUAAAUCUUUUCUCUCCUGAGGUUGUGUUCUGAUGGGCUUCUUGGAGAAUGGUCAGUGGUUAUGGACUUACGGACUUGUGUUUUGUUUUUUUUUUUUCCUUUUAUGUAGUUGCUUGAGUAGUUCCAUAAUCAUUUAUUAACUGAAUUUUUUUUUUUAAAGCGUGAGCUUCAAUUUGGAUCAUAAACAUGCUACCAGACACCAAAUGAAGUGUUUAUCUAGAUAUCCUAACGCCAAAGAUUUAGUUCUCUAACUGCCUUUGUGGAGGAGGUUUUAGGUUCCUAAAUUCCACUCAGUAGCUUAAGACCUCUGCCCUGUGUGAUGAUGGUGUGACAGAUACUCAGUAUUUUUUGUUUUAGCAAAAAUAAAAUUGACAUAUUGGUCAAAUCUGGUGGCAUUCUGUGAAGGCUUGUGGGGCACCUCUUGUGCCCUGGUGUUCUCAAUCCCUGGAGUGGUGUGUCUGGAUCCCUGUGCCAAAUUCCCCAGGAAGUUCUCUCGUCUCUGUCAGGCCAGGUGUCCACUGCUGGUCUGGUCAGCUGUGGCCAGGGGUGGUCACACAAUUACAGACAUGACUGCUGGACUCCCCCACCCCCGAGGUGGGGCAGGACUUGGACAAAUCACGUGAGGCCUGGGCAUAACAAAAAUACAGCUCAGUAAGCAGAUUCUUUUUUUUAUUUUAUUUUAUUGCAGUAAAUAUAUAUGUAACAAAACAUUUGACAUUUCCGCAGUCUUCACGUGUACAGAUCAGUGACAUUAAUUAUGUUGAUCACGUUGUUCAACCAUCACCAUUAUCCGUACCCAGAUUGAAACCAUCAUCCUUAGGAGAAGCUCAGUGCCCUCUAAGCAUUGAGUCCUCCUUUCAGGCAGAGUCAUUUCAAAUUCACGUUUAUUUACCAACUAAUGCAAGGCAUCUAAGGAGCCCUGCUGGUGUAGUAGUUAAGGCUCUCAGCUGCUAACCUUAAGGUUGGUGGCUCAAAUCCACCAGCCACUUCAUGGGAGGAAGGUGUGGCAGCCUACUUGCAUAAAGAUUACGGCCUUGGAAACCCUAUGGGGCAGUUCUACUCUGUCCUAUAGGGUCACUAUAAGUUGCAAUCGACUCUAUGGCAGUGAGUUUGGUUUUGAUUUUUAGCAACUUUUGGAGCCUGGUAGUGCAAUGGUUAAGAGCUUAGCUGCUAACCAGAAGGUCAGCAGUUCGAAUCCACGAGCAGCUCUUUGGAAAUCCUUUGGGGCAGUUCUACUCUGUCCUGUAGGGUUGCCAUGUGUCAGAGCUUAGUCGAUGGCAAUGGGUUUGGUUUGGUUAAUGAGGCAUCUAAGGAGCCCUGGUAGCACAGUGGUUAAGCACUCAGCUGCUAACUGGAAUGGUCGACGGUUCAAACCCACCAGCUGCUCUGUGGAAGAAAAAAGGAAGUCUGCUUCCAUAAAGAUUUACAGUCUUGGAAACCCUAUGGAGCAGUUAUACUCUGUCCUGUAGGGUCAUUAUGGGUUGGAAUUGACUCAGUGGAAGUAGGUUUACAUGGGCAUCUGUGGAACUCUGGCUUAGAAACACAUAAUAUUUUUAAAGCGUUUUAAAAUAAUUGAAAAACCUUUAAAGAAACCUUUUUUUUUUUUAGUUGUAUGUUUAUCUAAAGAAAUACAUGAUAUAUAAUUGAAAAAAUGCUUUCUAAAAUCUUUGCCAGGUGGAUUCAUUUAGAGAUUAAGUAAUGUCACACUGACUGAAUGCCUUAUGACCUGGUUUUGGCUUAACUUUAUUUUGUAAACAAUAAUAAUAAGUGACAUUCAGUGAGAGGUGAUGACUGACUAUUGGCCACUCCUGUGCUAAGUAAUUUGUACUGUGCGUGUGUGGUAUAUGGGUUCACAGUCAAUGACAAUUUGCCUAUUGAUUUUUAAUUUUUUAUAACAAAUUUCAAACAUGGCAGAGUUAGAGGACUGGAACUGCUGUGCGCUAACCCUUGGCUGCAGUAGACAUUAGCUCUUGGCCAGUCUUGUUCCAGCUUUACUCCCCUCCCCCCCUCCGCCAGAGCCCUCCCUUCCUCAUACUCUCCACUGGAUUAUUUUAAAGCAAAUUCCAGGUAUAUAUCAAUUCCUCGAUGUUAUGUUUAAUCAGAAUGUUAUGUUUUUAAAUUUAACUUCAAAUUGGUUUUGCUUGAACUUCCUUGUUUCCUCUGCGUUGCUUAUUUUUCUCAGUUGUCCCUAUAUACUCAUUGCUGUCCAGUCGAUUCCAACUCACAGCAACCCUAUAGGACAGAGUAGAACUGCCCCAUAGGGUUUCCAAGGAGCGGCUGGUGGAUUUGAACUGCUGACCUUUUGGUUAGCAGCCGAGCUCUUUAACUACGACUCCACCAGGUCUCCUGCCACUAUAUGGCACCUUGAUAUCUUGUCUCCUUCAGGUCUUAGACCCCAUUAUUUGUGAUUUAUCACUUACCUUAAAUAGCUUGUUCUGUAGACUAAAAGAGGUGUCUGUGUCAGGCUGCCUGUCCAAUAGACAGUAAUCAGCUAAUUAAAACCAUUUGAAAAUUAGCUUUCUUUUUUCCCCUUCUUGACCUCAGCUUCGUUCCUGUAACUAAAACCCCACACCUCCCAGUGCGUAAGCUUCAAGAGCUACAUUGAUUCAGGUGGGUUUUUUAAAAUGUGAAUUUCUUUUCUUUGCACGCUAAUCAGCCUCAUAAUUUCCUCAUCUGUAAGUGAGAGGGUUGGAAUAGCUUGUUGCCAAAGUUCCUUUUUUGGUUUUGUGGUUACAAAAAAAAAAAAGUAUAAGGCGUCAUUGGUGACCAUCAGUUACUUAAAAAAAAAAAAAAGCUGUUGCUGUUGAGUUGAUUCCAACUCAUAAAGACCCCAUAGGACAGAGAACUGGCCCGUAGGGUUUCCAAGGAGAGGCUGGGUGGGUUCGAACUGCCGACAUUUUGGUUAGCAAAUGAGCUGUUAACCACUGUGCCACCAGGGCUCCUAUCAGUUACAUACAGGGGAGUUAAUGACUUCCAUCUGGGAAAUAAUUAAAAAAAUACACUCAUUGUAUUUUAGCAUCUCACUGCUUAUAUCCUUUACUGAAGACUACCUUUGGGGAGAAGUGAAUGUGGAGGAGGUCACGUGUGGCCUUUGGACCAUCCCAGGGGAUCUGGAAGGUCUACCCUGCUGUUAGACUUUGUCCACAAACUCCUACUUCAUGUGUGCGACCACAGUGUCCCAGUCAGGAGUGGGAGCGCCCUCCAACUUUUUGUUAUGGUAGCAACCAUACAUUUUGUUUUUUCUGUAACACACUGAAUUUUGUUUCUUUUGCCCCUUAUUUCCUUUCAUAAAAAGCCAAAAACAAAACAAACAAACAAAAAAACCCAUUGCCAUUGAGCUGAUUCUGACUUAUAGCAACCCUAUAGGACACAGUAGAACUGCCUCAUAGGAUUUCCAAGGAGUGGCUGGAGGAUUUGAACUGCUGACCUUUUGGUUAGCAGCCAGGCUCUUAGGACUCUGCCCCGAGGACUCCUUCCUUCCAUAAGCACGCCAAAUACCUUGAAAUUUCAGCAUCUCCUGGAGUAGCCAAGGGAAGUUUGGGGUGGUUCAGUAAAACCUGUCGCUGUGUGGUAUGAUACAUGGGCAGGCUUAUUUGAUGUGGUGGUGGCUGCCCUGCAAGGUUUGCAGCCACCAGCUGUGGAUUGAGAGGCGGUCAUCAGCUCCUCCCUGUUGCCUCCCAGUAAAAAAAAACCCAGUACCGUCGAGUCGAUUCGGACUCAUAGCGACCCUUGCCUACACAACCGAAUUCCUUGCAGGUAGCCUGCACGCCCACUGAGGGCCACCGCUGUCUGAGUGUCCUGUAUUGUUCCCUGCCGCAGCACCUUGUCUGUACCUUUAUGACAUUUUUAACGUGACCUGGGUCUUAAUUAGCUAGUGCUGCUGUAUGGGUGGCUCUCACAAACAGAAAUUUAUUCUCUCACAGUUUAGGAGGCUAGAAGUCCGAGUUUUUUUAAAUGGUGAAUUUCUUUUCUUUGUGCACUAAUCAGGCACGUAAUUCUCUCAUCUCUGUCAAGGUUGAAACAGCUUGUUGUCCAAGUUCCUUUUUGAUUUUGUGGUUUCAAAAAAAAAGUAUAAGGCAUAAUUGUUGACCAUCAGUUACUUAGGGAGUUAAUGAUGCUGGCUCUAGGGGAAGGCCUUCUCUCUCUGUCGGCUCUGGAGGAAGGUCCUUGUUUUCUUCUGAGCUUCUGUUCUGGGGCCAUCUUCACGUGACUUGGCAUCUCUCUUCCCCCAGCUCUGCCUCCUGGCUUGCUUGUGUAAUCUCUGCUAUAUAUCUCAAAAGAGAUUGAUUUAAGACACACCCUACACUUAUACUGUCUUGUUACCAUAACAAAGAAAGCCUCUUUCCAAACAGGAUUAUAACCACAGGUAUUUUUUUGUUGUUAGGUGGAUGUGGAGUCUCACGGUGUUCCUUUACACAACAGAACGAAACACUCCCUGGUCCUAUGCUAUUCUCACAGUUGUUGCUAUGUUUGAGCCCAUCAUUGCAUCCUCUGUGUCAUUCCCUCUCCUUGAGGGUCUUCCUCUUGGGGGUAAGAUUUACAACACAUAUUUUGGGGGAGACACAAUUCAAUCCAUAACAGCCCAAAAAGGAACUUGUGGAUUUUUCUAGGCUUAGCCAGUGGACAGUUGAUGCCAGGCUAGGUAGAUACUUUUCGUCCUCUAUCUUGCCCAGCUAGUUCUAGCUCAAUCUUCCAAGAAGGGGUGAUGUCAGCUGUACCCAGGCUCCAGGGGUUCUUUAGCAAUCGGACCACAGGUGACUAUUUGGGGAGUGACACAACCCUCUGGUAUCUUUUUGUUUUGACCUAACUAAGGAGUCAUGAGUGCUGACCUCAUUUUUCAGAUGACCUCUGCUUUAUUCUAGCCUCAGAGUUCUCCCGGCCCCCCUCAGGCACCUCUCUGUUAGGGAAAUAGAAGCCUCUCUAGGUAUUUCAACCAGAUAGUAUCUAAUACAGGGAGUGAUUACAAAAGUGUUUGAGGGGCUGGAGGAACAAAAGGGGAAGGCAGUGUUAGCCAAAGAGAAAAAUCUGAAGAAAGCUGCCGCCAUCCCUAGGUCUGGAGGAGCAAGACAAGGAAAUGGGAGUUGUGCAAAGGCCAUGAGCAGGUGCUGUCACUGAGCAGGAAUCCUGGAGCCAACAGACACGUUGACGCUGCUCGGCUUGUUAGGCAUGCAGCUGGAGCCCCUGGUCACUUUCUCCUGCAGCAGUUGCUGCUGCUAUUGCGGGAGGCUGCUGCCACCACUGCCAUAAGCUGGAUGGGAGGUGGCCCAAGGCUUCUCCUCAUUCUGCGUUUGAGCGUUGUACCCGGGACUUUGUUUGGCAGAAACAAACCAGAAUCCAGCUGGCAAGGGAGUCUGGGAAAUACAGCUUUCAGGUUCCUAGCCCCUGUGGUACAGAGGAGAGCAUGAAUAGAUAGCAGUGGUCCUGAGCACCAGUAGACCAUGUCUGGCCCACAAACUCCCUAAUGCGUUGGAGAGAAUUAAAGGGACCAGUACAUGUCAGCUACUUGACACAGUGUCUGACCACCUGGCCCAGCAUGAGUGAAUGAAUAGUAAGUGGUAGCUGCUGUUCAUAUUUUCUGGAUGGAUCAAUAAAAAUGGACUAUAGAUUGUUUGCUAUCAUACAGAUUAUACUCAAUUGCUAAGGACUAGAAAAUAGAAAAGUUUAACACAACCUACUUUGGCUAAUGGAAGUGAAUAUAAAUUCAUCAAUUGUAGCUGUACUCUACGUAAUAGUUAACGGACACUGAUAUGUUCAUUCAACAUCAAGGUAAUAUCGUGUUAAUGACUCAGCGAAGGAGCGGUGGUUCUCUAUGAUGUGUGAUGUUGUAGAUGGGAGAGCUGAAUCAUCCUUUGAAACGCUGGUACUGACUGUUCACUGCUGUCAAGCGGGAAGCAAGUACCUGCAUUUUGAAAAUGCUAAGCUCUUAUUCACAGUUCUUUUAAAAGUCUGCCUUGAAGAGAAGAUGGCAUUGAAGUGAUGGCUAAUGAGAUUAAAGCAGCAGAAAAUUGGCUUCAUUUGUCCAUUCAGCUUCUCUCCUCCUAAUAAUGGAAAGUUCUCUUGGUUUGGCUCUUUCGGCCUCGUGCGCUUCUCUUGGCAUGCCUGUUUGCGUCUUUUCUCCAGCCGUGUCAGGAGGAGCUGCCGUGGUGGCAGGUAGCAGAAACCCUCUUGAGCUAGCUGAAGUAAGAGAGGAAUUUGUCACAAGAAUAAGGUGUCUUAUGAGAGAAUAUCGGCAGGCCUCUGGGACUGCCUGGAUCCAGGGCUUGAACAGGGAUGUAGGGACCCUAGAAAGCCCCCGUGUCUCUCAACUCUUCCUCCCUCAGCACUUGCAGACUGGCUGCCCCCCUUUCCCAGCCCAUAUGGUAGACAGUGUCUGCCAACCAACAGUUUAGGGGUAUGUUUCCCAUGGAGGUCGAGAUCUUCAGUCUCAAUUCUGUAUUCCUCAGGGAGUGUCGUCUUUAUAUCCUGUGUGGUCAGAUGACCACUCUGAGUUAAUCAGCUGAUCACCCACCUUCCCCGAGGAGAUGGUGUCUUGUAAGAACAUGCCUGUCCUCAUUAUAACCAUGCAGAUGGGGAAGGAGAAAAAGACAGCUGAUAUUAGAGAUGGGGAAACGAUAGAACCUGGGCACCCACCUGUUAUGAUUUACUAGAGCAGACUUUCAUAAAGUAAUGUAGGUGAUAUGGAUUGAAUUGUAUCCCCCAAAAUGUGUUGGAAUCCUAACCCUUGUACCUGUGGAUGUAACCCCAUUUGGGAACAGAGUUUUCUUGGUUGUGUUGAUAAGGCCUUAUUAGUGUAGAGUAUGUCUUAAACCUAAUAUUUAUGAAAUACAGAAGAGCGGAUUAGUCACAGAAGGAAGCAACCAUGAAUGGGGUAGUGAUAGAUGCAAUGUGGACAUCUUUAAGGAACCCCGAGAAGAAUACUAGAGAAGCUGAGACAAGGAUUUUACCACUGAACAGACAGCCUUCCCCUAAGAGCUAGUGCCCUGAAUUCAGACUUCUUGCCCCCUGAACUGUGAGAAAAUACAUUUUUGUUCUUCAGAGCCACCCACUCGUGGAAGGAAAAACACUAAACAGACAAUAGAUAAGUGGUAACUUUGGUGAAGGGUAAGGCAGUAUACAAUACUGGCGAAGCCAGCACGACUUGUCCAAGGUAAGUCCCAUGGACACAUCCAGACUCCCUGAGUGACCAAAUUACUGGGCUGAGGGAUGUGGGAACCAUGGUCUUGGGGAAUAUCUAGCUCAAUUGGCAUAACAUAGUUUUAUGAGGAAAAUGUUCUACAUUCUACUUUGGUGAGUAGUGUCUGGGGUUUCAAAAGCUUAUGAAUGGCCACCUAAGAUACUCCACUGGUCUCACCCCAUCUGGAGCAAGGGAGAAUAAUGAAACCAGAGACAAAAGGGAAAGAUUACUCUAAAUGACUGAUGGAUCGCAAGUGCUAUAAUCUCCACCAGACUGAGUCCAGCACAACUGGAUGGUGCCCGGCUACCACCACCAAGUACUCUGACAGGGAUUGCAGUAGAGGGUCCCAGACAGAGCUGGAGAAAUAUGUAGAACAAAAUUCUAAGUCACACACACACACACACACACACACACAGACCAGACUUACUGGUCUGACUGGAGAAACCCAGAGAGUAUGGCCCCCAGACACCCUUUGAGCUCAGUAAGGAAGUCAGUCCUGAGGUUUACCCUUCAGCCAAAGAUUAGACAGGCCCAUAAAACAAAACAAGACUAAAUGAAUACACCAGCCCAGGGGCAGGGACGAGAAGGCAGGAGGCAACAGGAAAGCUGGUAAUAGGGAGUCCAAGGCAGAGAAGGACAGAGUGUUGACAUGUUGUGGGGUUGGCAGCGAAUGUCACAAACAAUAUGUGUACAAAUUUCUGUAAUGAGAAGCUAGUUCUGUAAACCUUCAUCUAAAGUACAAUUAAAAAAAGAAAAGAAAAAAAAAAGUAAAUUUAGGAAAAAAGGGAAAAGGCAAAUUGUUUUUAAACAAAUAGAAAAAAUUAAUAAGGGAAAUACAAAAUUAAAGUUACACUGAAAUACUAUUUUAUAGUCUUAUCAUAUUGGCAAAAAUCAAACAUUUGACAACAUAUUUUGUUGGCAAGUUUGUAGGGAAAAGGUACUCUCGUACGUUGCUGAUGGGGAAAUAUAAAAUAGUAGAACUCCUAUGAAGGGGAAUUUGCCAACAUUUAGCCAGAAAACGCUGUCACUUACGUUUUGAUCCAGCAAUUCCACUUUUAGGAAUCCAUCCCACAGAUAAAGAGCAAAAUUAUAAUUAUAAUUAGACAUAUGCACUAGGCUAUUGAUUAUAGUACCAUCUGUAAUGUGAAAGAGUAUUCUAAAACUGAGGUGCUUAACAUAACUAAAACGGCUAACACAGUCUGAAUUGGACUCCAUUUUGUCCUAGGCCCCAGCUUUUUAGAGUAUGUGACCCAUGACUACACUUUUGACCCAGAUAACUUGUUUUGCAACAUUUUGAGGUGGCGCACCCAAAAUGCUGCGGGAAAUGGAAGGAACUAGCUCUGGAAUGCAGGAAACUGUGGCUAAGGUUGAGUUACCCAGCAAAUAGAAAUUCUUGAUAAAUGAGUCUUAGAGAUCAUGUUGAAUGUCAGCCAAUCAAGUGUACCCCUGUAACUCUUUUCCCACCCUGUACAACGUUGUGAUAAAAGACGCGUUCAUGCCUCUCCUUCAGGAUGCCAUUUUGAACUUUCAUUUUUGUGCUUCCCAAUUUGCAAAUCUUUGAAUAAAAGUCUUAUUCUACAGGAAAAAAAAAAAAAAAAGCCCACCCAUUUGCGAUAUUUCUGUUACAGCAGCAUUAAGAGACUAAGACAGAAGGCAUGCUGGAGACACGCCAGCUUACAAUGUAUCAUUAACUGGAGUUCCUAUUUUCUGUGCAUUUGUGCCUGGACUGAAGGAGAUAAUACCUUUGUAAAUGCAGUGGCUUUGUGUAUAAACUGGAAUAAUGGUUGUUUAAAAAAAGAGCUUUAGUAAUAUUCUUGAAGAAUAUAUCCUUUUAAACUCAGCCACUCAAACUUUUGUGAAUAUUGAAACAUAUAAUUGAGAGUAAUUUUAUUAAAUUGAUUAUUAUAAUGCGUUUAGUGGAAUCACUCGUGAAGAAAACGUAAGAGACAAAAACUCAGGGCUUUUAAUCUUUUAUAUUAAUUUAAUUAAAGAGAACACUUUAAGUUGAUGACCAUUUAAUUGUUAUAUAGACCUGGUAGUGCAAGGGGUUUGCCAUCAGCUGCUAACCUAAAGGUUGGGGAUUUGAACCCAUGCAGCCACUCCAGUGCCUGUCGAACUGCUUCCUUAAAAAUUCCAAGAAAACCUUAUGGAGCAGUUCUACUCUGUAACAUAUGGGGUCACCAUUAGUCAGAAUCAACUUGAUGAGAACUGGUUUGGUUUUUUGUUUUACAGAAUAUGACAGCGUUGCCGUUUACCCCUUAUAAAGUGAUAAACUACACCAUUAUAGCUAACUUGGUUUCCUAGAGCAGAAUGUAGCCAGCGGGAAUAGAGACUCUUUCGAAGACUACACCUGUUGUAUAACUCGCCUUUGUGGUGGACACAUGAAAGAGCGAGCUUGUUUCCCCACCCAUUGAAUGUGACACAGGUAGAGGAAGGCACAUACGUAAUGGUAAUUUUAGUUUGUUUAUAACGCAGCUUUUGAACUGGUCCGCUUUGCUAGUCCGUAGUUUAAAACACAAUGAGUAGCAGAAAACUUGUUUUGUGGGAUUCGUAUGUUCUGUAUCAUAGGAUUGAUUUUCUUAGUUCUGUGAAGGGGGGACUGACAUGAGAAAAACAGCAUGAGGAAUAUCCCAGCCUACGUGAGCUUCUGUGUGGUCAGACUCCCUUUGCCCUCUUUUAGGGAACGUGAUACACACGUCCACGUACCUUACCACUGAAUGAAUUAUUUGGAUGUUAUGUGUUGUUACCCCUUCAUUAUUUAAUCCAUUUCUACUCUUCAUAAACCACCCCAUCUCCCAUUUAGUUGGUUUUCCCUUUCUCCUUUUUAUACGUGAUUAUUUUAACUAAGCAUAUUUUGGAUGUACUAGGCGAAGUGCUAAGAAAUAAGGCACAUGUGCUUAAUAAAUUUCUGAUUGCAAGAUUAAUCAAAUAAUAAAUAUUUAUUGUAGAGCAUUUAGGAGGUUUUUAUAGUAAAAUUUUCAGUGUUAGAGCCUUAGCUGUACAUCAGCCAGAUUAAGCUGGGUUCUAGUGUCAUGAAUAUUUAGAUGUCUGUAACCAUAUGUAUUUCCAUGAUAUGGUUUUCAUAUAUGUAAAUUUAUUUAAAGGAUACAUGUGUGUACUCGAACACACACCCAUUCUUACUUCUAUUUUGGUAUCUGGGUUAAAAUUCUAGUGUUUAUCCUCAAAUCCUGCUGCUUCCUCAUGCCCUGCACCAUGUCCAAAUGGGUGUGGAAUAAGGUAACCAUAUUAUUACCUACAUGGGACACCUUGGAGAGAGAAAGGGGGUGCUGUUGAUAUUUUUGUAGAGAGAGGAGUCAUAAGCCAGGGCAGAUGGUCACUCAGCCUCAGAUGACUGACCUUUUCUCAUUGCCCUUUCUCAUGUACCCAUGGUCUUUGUGUCUUCUUCCAGACUUUUCUCCCUCCCCUCUACCUCUUUGUUACUGCGGUCGGUAUUUCUAAUAUAUAGAUCUGAUUGUUUAUGUCUCUGCUUCUAAACCUUUACUCCCCCGUUUCCUGCAGGAAAAAAACCCAGAAUCCUAAGUGUUAUUAAAAGACCCUAAAAAUUUGCCUCAUCUUCCACCGUUUGGCACUUCUAAACUUCAUUAUAAGUAUGAUCACACUGCUCAUUUCCAACGUGACCAUGUGUUUUCACACCUUCAUGCCUUUGCAUGCGCUGUUCUGAUGGCUGGACUGCCCACCCCCCACUGCAACCACUCUUAAUCUCCUUCCUGUGUUCCGGACUUGACUAAACUGGUACCUCUCCUUGGAAGCCUUCCUGGAUUCCCCUGGCUAGAACUAGUUACUCCUUCCUUGGUCUUGUCCUUGUUCAUGUACCAGAAACCAAACCAAAACCCUUUGCCAUCAAGUCGAUUCUGAUUCAUAGCAACCCUAUAGGACAAAGUAGAGCUGCCUCAUAGGAUUGCCAAGGAGUAGCUGCUGACCCUUUGGUUAGCAGCCGUAUCACUUAACCACUGCUCUACCAGGGCCCCAGUUCGGGUACACCCUUCUCUUAAUACUUGCGUACUUAAUCCUGGGAGACAGUAUAGCAUGGCAGUAAUGAGCUGGUGCCCAGGCAUGAAUCAUGGCCUUCCACUUGUCACUGUGUGACUUUGGGCUGGCAAGGCUCUUUGUGCCUCAGCUUUCUCAUCUGAAAAGUGGGAACAAUAAUGGUACUUAUAGGAUGGUUGUAAGGUUUAUGAGAACAAUGUGUGAAAAGUGCAGAGCCUGUUUGGCAAACGAUAACCCUGUGGUAAAUGUUGCCUGUGGUUAGUGUUAACUUUCACCUCGAUGUAGUGUGAUAAUUUGUAUAUGUGUUUCUACAACUGGAAUAUGGCUUAUUUUUAAUUUUAUAAACCAGCUGUGGUUACGAGGUUUAUAAAAGAUAAUUAGCAAGGCAAAAAACAUCCAGCAUAUGAAGAUUGCAGGUGGUAAUGCUAGACGGAGUGUGUGGAGAGGCUUUUGGGUUUCUACCAGAGUUGGAGCCUGGAGCUAGAUUGUCCCUCAUCCACCCUCCUCCCCCAUUACCGAUUUUGAAUAGUUUGGGUAGGCAGGUUAACCCUUCAGGUCUGGCUGUUGGCUGGCAGGGUGGAUAGGCCUGGGAGCUGGUGAUGGAUUUCCUUCUGCAGUGGGUGUUGAGGUGGCCGGUUCACCAAGCAGAUCCUGCUCAUGGCCUCCCACAGACUGGAGGGGGACUGCCCAGGAGCCACUGUUGCGUCUUCUCUCUGCCGUCAGAAUCGUCUAAAACUAGUUCCACUUUCUCCACCAUAGGUGAUAGUUUGGCUAAUGGCCCUUGGAGGACGUGGGAAGAAAGGUGUCAUAUACCGAACGUUCUUUUCUUAACGAUUGAAGUUAAUUUAAAUUCUACGCAAAAUCUUAGUUGAGGAACGCUGGCUACGUAAAACGUUGUAUGCCCAUCAUCCCACUCUUCAAUUCCAUUAAUCGUCCUGUAGAUUUUACCAGAGAAGAGGCUUUCUCUAGCUUCCUUUCUCUGUGUAUGGGUUUGGUAUUAGUACUUUUUCUUCUUACUUCUUUAUAAUAAUUUUGUUUUCAUGGCCAGUUUAGGUUAAUUCAUACAGUGUCAAAUGGUAGAUGGAGAGGAGAUAGAAAUUGUUGCACAGGUUGGUCAUGCUUAUUUUGAGGACUGGCAGUUACAAAGCAUAUGCCUCCUAGAACCGGCUUUAAAUUAUUUGUAGUAACAUUAUCAGAAACCCUGAUGGCAUAGUGGUUAAGAGUUCGACUGCUAACCAAAAGGUCGGUAGGUGGGAUCCACCAGGUGCUCCUUGGAAACCCUAUGGGGCAGUUCUACUCUGUCUUAUAGGGUUACUGGGAGUUGGAAUCCACUCAGCGGCAACUGAGGAAUCUGUUAUCUCUGACAUUCCUUAUGAGCAGUUGCUUUCUGGGGGCAUAAAAAACCAAACCAAACUCAUUGCUGUCAAGUCAAUUCCAACUCAUAGUGACCCUAUAGGACAGAGUAGAAUUGCCCUGUAGGGCUUCCAAGGAGCAGUUGGUGAAUUCGAACUGCUGACCUUUUGAUUAGUGGUCCAGCUCUUAACCACGAUGCCACCAGGGUUCCAGUGGGCAUAAGAGACAGUUGUUAUUCCCAGUUAUUCCUUCACCAGCUUGGUGAAGGUAAUAGCUACACCUUUAUUUCAGGUGUACUAACAAGUCCAUUUGCCUCAGAAUCAGUCAGUAAAGGAUGACUUCCUUUAUUUAACUGACAUGCAUCAGGUGCCAGGCCCUGUUUUGGGCACCUGGGAUAUAAUUGUAGAGCAAGAUCAGUGGGGACACCUGCCUUCUUGGAACGUGUAAGCCCCUAGAGUUACAGAGGGGCAGAGUCCUAAAAGACGGUUGUGAAGCUUUCUGGAGUUCUACUUUGCUUUCUGUUUAAGCUGCUGAAGCAGAGUGAACCCCUGCUUUAGCUGCUGCUGAAUCAGUCACCAAAACAGUCAGCAAGCCUUAAGCUGUGUUUUCUGUAAAAUGAUGUGGUGAUUUAAAGUGGAAAAUAAUGACAAUAAAAAUGCUCGCAGUGAUGUUUGGAGGUGGAAGGAUCUGCUUGUAAUCUACCCCAAGCUUGGUGAUUUCCCGUUCCCCUCCUCACUUGGUGAUGGUUAUGAGAGAAGAGCCUUCCGUUGCUUGCCUUCGUGGGUGUAUGUGUUUCAUUUGAACAUGCAGAUUAUCCCAAAUCCGGAAAGAUGAAUGGCAUUUCCCAGGGACUCAAGCUGGCAGAGUCAGCCCCCAGUGCGUGUAGAAUGUGCUCAGGAAUGCGGACGGUCGUUUCAGGGAUUAACUAACUGGCCGAGGACUGCCGUAGAUUCUUUGGAAACUAAAGUUGAGGUUUGCACUUUGAAGGAACAUUUUCUUACAGCUUAAUAUACCAGCCAUGUGCGAGGUACUGUCCUAGCCACGGAGGGCGAGGGUGGAGGCGAGAUGGUGAUAAAAGAUCUAUAUCAUCCUGGCACAUGGUCCUCCCUGCUGAGGUCCCCUCUCCCUUCAGAUGGACAGCAAUAGCUUGGGUGGUGAAGGGACAGAAUUUAGCAUUGUGGAUAAAAAUACUGUUGGUUGCUCUUUGCUGCAAUAUUCCCUAAUGACAGUUUAGGACCUUAUUAGGAUGUGGAACGUGUACUUUGUUGUCAUUGUUAGCUGAGGUCACCUUGCCCUGAUUCAUGGCGACCCCACGCACAAUGGAAGGAGACACUUGUGUGGUCCUGUGCCAUCCCCAUAAUCUGUUGCAGGUUAGAUUGUUGUAAUCCAUAGGGUUUUUCCUGGCUGAUUUUCCAGAGCAGAUCACCAGGCCUUUCUCCCCAGUCCUGCUUAGUCUGGAAGUGCCGCUAAAAACCUGUUCAGCAUAUUAGCAAUACCCAAGCCCCCACUGACAAGAGGGGUGGCGGCUGCACAUGAGGGACAUUGGCCAGGAAUCAAACCCGGGCCUCCCAUAUGGAAGACGAGAGUUCUACCACUGAACCACCAUUGCUCCCUGAGUUUGCCUUAAACAAACAAAAAAAAAUCUGCUCAAACCUGUUGCCGUUGAGUCGAUUCUGACUCAUAGCGACGCUAUAGCACAGAGUAGAACUGCCUCAGAGAGUUUCCAAGAAAUGCCUAAUGGAUUCAAACUGCCGAGCUUUUGGUUAGCAGCCGGAGCUCUUAAUCAUUAUGCCAGCAGGGUUUCUGAGUUUGCCUUAAAAAAUACCUUAGCCCCUGGUAAUUUCUGAUGAAUGCUUUGUAAUUUGAAAAGUCUUACGCGUGUUACGUGCUUUAUGCUUGUUAUAUGUAUUAAAUUUUGUAUGUUAGUAAUUGUCGAUGCUGGUAAUGUUACUGUCACUUUGUCAGUGUUUGAUAGUUGGAUUUAAAAAAAAAAUGUUUUAUUUAGGAUAGUUUUAGAUUUACAGAGAAGUUACAAAGAUGGCACAGAGAGUUCCCACAUACACCCCCUCCCAGGUUUCUGUACUGUCAGCCCCUGACAUUGCCGGGGUACAUUUGUCACAGCUAAGAGACUAACAAUGUUUGGAUUUGAACACAUGCUCACUGGAGGUGACUGUCUAUUGACGUUCCCCUAUUAAAGCUUCUUAAUUUUAUGUAAGUGAUUAAGUCAUUUCUUUUCAGAUAUCCUCAGAGCAUUCUAAGUACCAAAGAACAUUAUUUUGUGGCCAUCAAGUGUAGUUGUUAUUAUGAUAUAUGUUUCUUACCCCAGAGAAGUAGAAUUCCUUGUCUGAUCAUGGGUGUUUCGAUUCUUUGUUCGUACCCUGAAAGUAGAGGCUUUUUCAUGCUUCAUGUAUGACCAUGCAGCCAUUUGAAAAGCUCUCAAAUUGUUAAACAGGGUUCCAGAGAAAUUUAUCAAUUCUUCAUCCCUUGUUUGGCUUCUUGAUGCAUUUAGGAUCCUUUUAUAAAAGCUGCUGGACUGUAGAGGGUGUUGACAAUUCCCAUAGGAGCCUUUGGGAAGGAUGGUUACAGAUUUGCCUUGGGAAGUGGUCCCUGCAUUGCAAGGGAUGAAUCCAGUGUGCUCUGGUUGUAAUAGGUGCAGAAGAGAGGUGAAAACAGACACUGCUCUUUAAAUCCCCCCAGUGGUCCUCUCAGCUUUUCUUCAGCUUACCUGUUAGAUGCUGAGAGAUUUCUACGAUGGGCUUUUAAAACUGCUUUUAAAAAACAAACAAAAACCCAAACCUGUUGCCGUCGAUUCCGACUCACAGUGACUCUAUAGGACAGAGUCGAACUGCCCGAUAGAAGGGAGUGGCUGGUAGAUUCGAACUGCUGUCCUUUUCCUUAGCAGCCAAGCUCUUAACCAGGUGCCUCCAGGGCUCCAGAACUGCUCUAUGACAGAUAAAUUAGAAAGAGGCCAUCACUAUGCUGAACCCCUUUAGGUGGAAAGUAGUGUUGUUUAAGACUAGCCUCAUCUGUUAGAAGAAAAAACUAUUCAGCAAAUUCACAAAUCUGUUGUAAAGUUGGUUUAGAUAAAUUCUUGUUCUGUGAAUAGAAAUAUCUCAGGUAUUAAAAGACAGCUGUGAUAUGUUUCUAAGUUCAUAUGUAUUCCUUGACUUGUGGCCUUCAGUCGUGCCUCCUCUUAGACUAAUCACCGCGUUGGUUGAGAAGGCUUAUGUAGAGCUCGGCCAUAAACCGUGGAUCCUACCAUAUUAGCCUCAUUUGGUCUUUAACAACUAGUAGAGAUAAAUGUCUUCACUAUCAUGGAUUUCUAGAAUGUGUGAAAAGAACUGAAAACAUGCUUGUUACUUACAGUUUUAAAAACAAUUUUAGAUAUAUACUGGUACAUUGAAAAUGGUUGGAAAUCUAAGUCUUAGUCUUAGGAAAGUGCGGCUUUUUUUUUUUUAAAGCUUAAAUCUUUUCUCAAACUUACUAAGUGAUGUCAGAACUUCUAGCCGCUGAGGCCUGUAUCACAGGGAAAAUUUAUGAGCUAAAAGGAGCCUUGGGGAUCAUUUAGUGGGUUGAUUCUUUUUUCAUUUUUAAUUAGCAUGUGUUCCUUUUUAAUUGCAAAAAUGAUGCAGGCCUGCAAGUACCACAGCCUCUACCAGACUGAGGACAGCACAGGUAGAUGGUGCCAGCUACCACCACUGUCUGCUCUGACAAGGAUCACAAUAGAGAGUCCUGGACAGAGCUGGAGAAAAAUGUAGAACAAAAUUCUAACUCACAAAAAAACACCAGACUUACUGGGGUGACAGAGACUGGAGAAAACCCGAGAGUAUGGCCCCGGACACCCUUUUAACUCAGCACUUGAAGCCACUCCUGAGGUUCACCCUUCUGCCAAAGACUAGACAGGCCCAUAAAACAAAAUGCAACCAAAGGGGCACACCAGCCCUGGGGCAAGGACUGGAAGGCAGAAGGGAACAGGAAAGUUGGAUUACUGGAAAUGGGGAACCGAAGGUCAAGAAGGGGAGAGUGUUGACAAGUCAGAACAAUAAUGUAUAUUGUUUAAUGAGCUAUUAAUUUGCCCUGUAAACCAUCAACUAAAGUACAAUAAAAAAAAAUUAAAAAAUCAUGCAGGUCCAAUGCACGUGGGCCGACUUGCCCAUCAUCUUCAUCGCUAAGCUGGGCAUUCACUCCUGUUUACCUGAGUCUUCAUUCUGCUCCCACUCCUGCCUUGCUUUAUUUCCUCCUAGAUCAACCUGGUGGCGUAGUGGUUAAGUGCUACGGCUGCUAACCAAAGGGUCAGCAGUUUGAAUCCACCAGGUGCUCCUUGGAAACUUUAUGGGGCAGUUCUGCUCUGUCUUAUGGGGUCAUUAUGAGUCGGAAUCGACUUGAUUGCACUGGGUUUUUUUUUGGGUACUGGGUACAUCAACCUGCCUGCUGCUUCUCGCCUCUUCCACCUCUGGACCCUGCCCAGCCUCCUAACUCACUCACCCCGCCCCGUCUUCUCUCCCUGAUGCCCUUCCCUAGUUCUGUAGCUGCGGUGAAUCUCGAAGUACUAGAAAGAGCAAUGGCUUUAGAGCCUGGAGGCUGUGCCACCCACCCCUCUGUACCACGUGUGCCAUCUUUGCAGGUCGCUUCCCUCUCCGCGCUUCCGUCUGUGCACCAGUGUACCAUGGGGAUUAAGAGAGGUGAUUGAGUAUUUGUCUACACAAGCCCUUGUCGUUCUUGGCUCACAGUAGAGGCCCCUUUUCUCUCAGCCACUCUGAUGCUGGUUUCUGGCCUUGAGGGCAUGCACACAGAGUAGCGCUGUAGUUUGCCUUUUUGCCCGAGACCGGUCAGAGUUUGGCUUUUGCAUGUGCUUGUAGGGAUGGGGCAAAAUUAUGGCUUCUCUUGACCCUUUCAGUUUGUUGAGGCUGAGUCCAUAAAAUGUACUGGGGAUUAUCUACUUAUGUGGACCCUUAAAUAACAGUAACAGUAAUGGUGAUGAUAAUGAAGGUGGUGUUGACCUUACAGUGUAUAAGCACUUCAUGUGCCUUAUCUCCUUUAAUUUUCGUGACAGCCUUCUGAGACAUCUUGCCACUUAACCAGUGACACAUAGGUGGCCAAUGGAGAAAUACUGGUUUGUCUUACUUGAGUCCUCUGCUCUUAAAAUCAACAAUGUUCUCACAAAAAAUGUGAGAUGGGAGUUUUAUUAAGAAUUGUUAUUAAAGAACAAUGAGGCCAACAAAGUGUGUUUGACAUGUAGAGCUUGACCUUUCCCCAGGCCUGGGUGCAGGCUGGCCUGCCCUCGCUCACGCUGCUUGUGCAGGAGCGGCAGCUACUGCGUCUGUCACAGGUGUAGUUGGGGACCAGGCCUGAAGAGGAAGAGGUGCUGAGAAGGCGGGGAGGAAGCGUGAACAACACUGCUUUGAAUGUCUGUGGGAAAGGCUGUUUUUGAGAAUGUUUUGUUCUUCAGAAGAUACAUAGGCCAUUUAAGGGAAGUCCUGUAACCAGCCCCAGCUGGGGUCUCCCAAGGAGAGGCAAGAGAGCACCCUGCCCUUCUCUGUCCUUUGUGUUUUUGCUUCUGAGCAUGUAGCGUGCUUGGUACGUGUCUUCUCUGUAUGAUCCCUUUGUAGCUCGACAGCUACGCUCUAGAGACACUCAGCUGCCAGCAUUAGGGGACCAGUAAGUACUGUAUGACAUCACUGUGUGACAUUGGCCAGGAAGAGAGAUCCUUCAAAAAAUGUAGAAGGAGGGAGGGCUGAGUCAGUGCAGGAUUCUUGUGAACAGUGAGCCUGAGUUGAGCCUUGAUGGUUAGGGAGGAUUCAGGGUGGAGGACUUAGAAGCAAAAGUGGGUGAGCAGGAGAGGAACAGUAGAUUUGGGUAGAGGGAGUAGAUGGGGGCACCCUAAGCACACGAGGCCUCAAGGACUUGAUUUGGGAAAUGAGUGACCUGGAUGAGGACUAAGAGCUCAGGUGGUUAAGGGUGAGGGUGCUAAAACCAGACCACUGGGGCGCUUCUCCAGUUCCAGUGUUUAUCAUUGAUCACCUUGGUUUCCCCAUCAGGAAAACGGGUCCAUGACUGAUGAGAUAGAUCCUUUACACAUAAAGCCCUUGGAGCAGUGCCUGGCAUACACUGAGCAGGCGAAGGUUGGCUGCUGUUCUGAUUUGGAGACCCGGGUUCAGCUGAAAGGUUUUUAUAAAUGAGGUUGAGAACAGAAACAAGGGGAAAAAGCAUGAAAUAUCCAAAAAUAUCUUGAAAAAAAAUUAAUAUCAUAGACCUAAUGAUAUAUUGUAUAGGGUUGCCUGAGGGGGGAAAAAAGUUUUCAGUGGACUUAUAUUCUAUCUUGGGAGAUGGGAAGAAUGGGGGCAUGAUUUGCAGAGUCCCCUGUAUUAAUUUACUUCUGGUUAAAUGUUACUACUAACUGUUCUAAAGUAGAUUUGAGUUGCCUUUGAUAUAAUUGAAGGUAAAAGUCGGAGCUAGUCAGUAAAUUGGGCCCCUGUUGGGUUGGGUUGUUCUGGAAUACUGCCAUGUAGCGCAUAUGCCAUAAGUGUGCUUUUUUAUUUAGGGGUAAAAGGAGCUUGGUGAAAAGUUGACUGUCUGAGCUAGCCUUGGCCGUUCCACAGUCAGCUUGCUUGUUGUAAACUUUCUACGCUGAAGCCCCACGUUCCUAAUUUGUAGUCGUUCCCAUAGCGAGCAGAAUCCUAGGGAGGCAGUAGAAUAAUGGCAUAUUUUUCCACCUUGGUUCUGACGAGGAUUGUAAAAUGUAUUGGCAUGAAGAAACUCAAUAAAUAUUCUGAACAGUUGUCUUACCUAAAUACGUUCUGAUUACUCUUGUCUCUAGUACAAGGUUAAAACUGAAAACCUCAACUCUUUCGAAGAAUGGAACAGCAAGGUAACCUGUUACUCAGGCCAACGCUGUGGUUUCACGCAGAGGUGAUUCAGAGCUGGUAACAAGGAUUGUCUUUCCCAGAAAGUGGGAGUCGUCACUUCUCUUCUUUUAUACUACUGCCUUGUAACAAUCAAAAAAUUGGACAUGUUUGGGAUUUCCGGGACAAAAUAAAUACGUCUUUCUUUGCAGAAGAUAGAGUGUAAUUUCCUUUCUGGGUUACCUAAUAAUUAUCUAGAAUUCUCUGCUUCCAUGUGGGAGACCCAGGUUUGACUGCUGGCCGGUACACAGCCACGACCUGUCUGUCAGUGAUGGCUUGCGUGUUACUCGGAUGCUGAAUGAGUUUUAGACUAAGACUAUGAAGAAAGACCUGGCUCUCAAUCUGUUUCUGAAAGUCAGUCAAGUGAAAACCGUCUGGGUCACAAUAGUUUAAUCUGCAGCAGAACAAGGGGAUUGAACAGGACCAGGCAGUGUUUCACCCCAUCGUGUAGGGGAUUGUCAUGAGUUGGGAGCCCACUGGCCAGCCAGGUAUUUAUAAAUGCUUUACAUAAAGUAUUCUCCUUUAAUUUAGUGGAUGCUGUGUUGUCAUUUUGUUGUUGUUAGGUGUUGUUGAGUUGGUUCCGACUCAUAGCAACCCUGUGUACAACAGGACAAAACACUGCCCGGUCCUGUGCCACUCUCACAAUCAUUGCUGUGCUGAGCCCGUUGUUGCAGCCACCGUGUCAGUCCACCUCGUCAAGGGUCUUCCUCUCUUUCACUGACCUUGCCCUUUACCAUGCAUGAUGUGCUUCUCUAGAGACUAGUCGAUCCUGAUACCAUGUUCAAAGUAUGUGAGAUGAAGUCCCGCCAUCCUUGCCUAUAAAGAGCAUUACAGAUAUGUUCGUUCUCCUGGCAGUCCACGGUGUGUUCAGUAUUCUUUGCCAACACCGUAAUUCAAAGGCGUCACUGGACACUGAAGCAACAUCAAAAUUGUGAGCAAAGGGUGAGAAAAAUUUUAUACCCCACGGGGGCAACAUGUCUCCCUGCUUUGUGCCAGUUACUGCUCCAUGUUACAGGCCCUAAGGGUAGGGAUGGUGCAGGUGAGUAACGACUACAAUGGCCUGCUCCCGCCUCCCAUUUCCUCUCCCACCACUUACUGCAUGGCCCCCGGUGUUCUCUUGGUAUUUUCUAUUCAGUAUUCCUACUAUAUAUAGAGUAAGAACUUAUAUAUAUGUACACACACACGUGUAUAUAUGUUGUAUCAUAAAAUACUGCUUGCAUAGGAUACACAGGUAAAGUUAGGAAUACAUGAAUGCAGUUAGACAGUUUACCAAUUCAAAAUGCUUUGAAGUAGCAGUUGUUUGUCGUGUCCCUGGGAGUCGGAAGUGGCCGUGGUGUCUGUGUCAGAGUGGAAAAAAAGCCAGAGAACAAUACACGCCUUCUCAUCCAGGAGCCUUGUUGGAAGGUUCUCUCUGGAGACAUCAGACAUGUAUUUUGCCUCCGGACACAGGAAAAGAUGAUUAUGUUGUCAUGUAGAGAGACAGCGUGAAUGUAAUUCCUGGUACUAAAAAAGAUCAGAUUAAAACGGAGUUAAAAGUCACUUUACCAAAAUACAGCUGUCUUAGUCAUCUAGAGCUGCUAUAAUAGACAUACCACAAGUGGAUGGAUUUAACAAAGAGAAAUUUAUUCUCUCACAGUUUAGGAGGCUAGAAGUCUGAAUUCAGGAUGCCAGCUCCAGGGCAAAGCUUUCUUUUGGCUCUGGGGGAUGGUGCUUGUCAUCAGUUUUCUCCUGGUCUAGGAGCUUCUUGGUACAGAGAACCUGGGUCCAAAGGACAUACUAUUCUUCCGACUCUUGUCCCCAUGUCUCUCUGCUCGCUUCUCUCUUUUAUAUUUCAAAAGUGAUCGGCUUAAGACACAUCUAAUCUUGUAGAUUGAGUCCUGCCUUAUUAAUGUAACUGCCACAAAUCUCACCUCAUCAACUCCAUAGGGAUAGGAUUUAGAAAACAUAAGAAAAGCACAUUAGAUGACAAAAUGAUGGACAAUCACAAUAUUGGGAAUCAUGGCCUAGCCAAGUUGACGGAUACUUUUGGGGAACACAAUUCAAUCCAUGACAACAGCCAAUUAAAAAUCUUCUUGUAAUGCUGCCUCCUGUAGUUCUUCUCACAACCUUAAUGGUCACACAGACAGGUUUUCCUUUUACAGACAGAAGGGAAAACGUUAAAUGUAAAAAAGCAUAAGUCACGUGGAAGCCAUAUGAUUUUAUUUGCCCAUUCCUUGAUUUCAGUAAUGGAGUACCCCCCUCGUCCCAGGCAGCACCUUGUGCCCAGUGGUGAGGUCGGUUUACCCAGUCGCUCUGUGGGACAGCCCAGUGCAGUGGGCUAGAGCAGGGAGUGUGAUGUUUACCUUUGUGUUUUGUCAGUUAAAGCCCAGAAGAACUUUAUCACACAAAAACGUCACUCUCCGGUUCAGCAGUAUGUUGGGUGUAAUAUAAAAAUAUUGGGUAUAGGAUGUUUAAUUCCAAGUAAGCAUUGUGUCUAUUUGUUCUUAUCUGAUACGCUAAGGAAAAUAAGUACUUAUAGCUGGUAGCUGUGAAAUCCUUCUGGUCUAAACACUCCAGGGAGGCGGAAAUGAUUUAGCUGAGCCCUUUCAUUUCUUUGUACUUACUCGCUUUGGGCUUAUGUGUGUGCAUGGAUCCACUCUUUGCCCAUUUGUUGACCUUCUUGUUUACCUUCUGCCUUAUUUGCCUUAUUCUCAUGUCUCUUCCAUUGUACAUCUCUCUACCCAUUCAACCAUUCAUCCAUUCAUCCAGGUGACAUUUUUUUUAUCAUCAGUUCUGUUGAAGGCACCAUGAUAAAGUGUUGUAUGUGGGAUGGUAAAUUUCACAGUCCCUGCAGCAAAUACAAGGAAGAAAGAAAUAUGUGCACAAAUGGCUUUGAUACAAGAUAAACAAUAUGAAUUCUGAAUAUAUGUAAUAAGAACCCCCAAAAAACCAAACCCAUUGGUGUUGAGUCAAUUCCGAUUCAUAGCAACCCUAUAGGACAGAGUAGAACUGCCCCAUAGAGUUUCCAAAGAGCGCCUGGUAGAUUCGAACUGCCACCCUUUUGGUUAGCAGCUAUAGCUCUUAAGCACUAUGCAACCAGGGUUUCCAGGUUUGAUUUAGAAAACUAAAUCUAUGUAGAAGCGUGCCCUUUAUAUCUUGGCCCCCUCUUCCCUCCAGUCUCACCUCUCUAGGCCCUUGUGUUGUUCCCAUUGUGUUCGUCCCCUUCCUAUUUCCUGUGAGAGGCUUAAGGUUCAGAGGUGGGUUUGCUGUGCUCUGGGGCCAGCUACCUAGGUUGGAGUCCUGGCCCCAGCCCUUUAGCAGGUUACCUAACCUCUGCUCCUCCUUUCUAAAGUAAGGUGAUAAUGGUGGUCGGACUUAAAGGAGGUGGUAUGUGUUAAGCCUCAGGGCUGGGCUUGAGAAACUCAUGGAGCCCUGUAAACUUUGUUGUUGCUGUCGGGUGCUGUGGAGUAGCUUCUGACUCACAGUGACCCCGUGUGACGGAGUAGAACUGCCCCAUAGGGUUUUCUUGACUGUAAUCUUUAUGGGGAGCCCCGGUGGCACAGUGGUUAAAGCACAUGGCUGCAAACUGAAAGGUCCUCGGUUCAAACCCACCAGCUGCUCUGUGGGAGAAAGACAUAGCAGUCUGCUUCUGUAAGGAUUACAGCCUUGGAAGCCCUAUGAGGCAAUUCUACUGUGUCCUGUAGAGCUGCUAUGGCAACGGGUUGGUUUGUUUGUUUUUUAAUCUUUACGGAAGCAGAAUGCCAGGGUGAGUGGGUUUGAACUGCAAGGGCCUAACCUUGCACCACCAGGGCUCCUUUAGUGAACUUUAGCGGCUGUCAGUUAUUGUGGUUGUGUUCUCACCUUCUCUGCUCUUUGUUCCGUUUAUUGCUUAGCACUUUCUUCUCAGUCCUGGCCUUGACCCCACUGCAGGCGACAGCCAGACAACCUGCCUGUUGUGUCUUCUGUCCUAACCGCUCACUUCCUCAUCUCUACAUCACAAAUCUUUUUCUUUUCUAAAGCUGCUUUUCUCCCCCAUACAGAAAAGAAGUCAGCUCGGCAUAGUAGAACGUGCAUGGACGCCCACAUCUGCAGUGAUCCUGGGCCACGUCCUGUCCUUUCUCACUAUGAGCCUCACUGGAUUCAGCACUGAGAUUUCCUAUGUUCCUUUUAUAUAAGUUGUUUCUGAGAUAGUAACUUUCUGCUGAGAUUUGAGUGGAAUUUGAGAAUUUGGGGAAGGUCCUGUGGCUGCAGAGGUGUCAUCAGCUGCAAAAUUAACCUCUUUGAAGAGUUCUGCAUUUUGCCACUCGACUCCGUGUGCCAAAGAAGGACUCCAUGAAAGAUGACAGAAGAAGUGAUUGUUAUAGCAAAGUGGGAUUACACUGCCCAACAGGAUCAGGAACUUGACAUCAAGAAGAAUGAGCGCCUGUGGCUGCUGGAUGACUCCAAGACAUGGUGGCGGGUGCGAAACGCAGCCAACAAGACGGGGUACGUGCCGUCCAAUUAUGUGGAAAGAAAGAACAGCUUGAAGAAGGGCUCGCUCGUGAAAAAUCUGAAAGACACACUAGGCCUGGGUAAAACGAAGAGGAAGACGAGCGCCAGAGAUGCGUCCCCCACGCCCAGCACGGACGCCGAGUACCCCGCCAACGGGAGCAGCGCCGACCGCAUCUACGACCUCAACAUCCCCGCCUACGUGAAGUUUGCCUAUCUCGCCGAGAGGGAGGACGAGCUGUCCCUGGUGAAGGGGUCCCGGGUCAUCGUCAUGGAGAAGUGCAGCGACGGCUGGUGGCGAGGAAGCUACAACGGGCAGAUCGGGUGGUUUCCCUCCAACUAUGUCAUGGAGGAGGUGGACGAAGCCAGCGCGGACUCCCCCAGCUUCCUGAGCCUGCGGAAGGGUGCCAUGAGCAACGGCCAGGGCGCACGGGUGCUCCACGUGGUGCAGACUCUCUACCCCUUCAGCUCCGUCACCGAAGAGGAGCUCAACUUCGAGAAGGGAGAAACCAUGGAAGUGAUUGAGAAACCCGAAAAUGACCCCGAGUGGUGGAAAUGUAAAAAUUCCCGGGGGCAGAUUGGCCUUGUUCCCAAAAACUACGUGGUGGUCCUCAGUGACGGGCCGGCCCUGCACCCUUCCCACGCCCCUCAGAUAAGCUACACCGGACCUUCGGCCACUGGCCGCUUUGCGGGGAGAGAGUGGUACUAUGGGAACGUCACGCGGCACCAGGCGGAGUGCGCCCUCAACGAGCGGGGCGUGGAAGGGGACUUCCUCAUUAGAGAUAGUGAAUCUUCGCCCAGUGACUUCUCCGUCUCUCUCAAAGCAUCAGGGAAGAACAAGCAUUUCAAGGUGCAGCUGGUGGACAAUGUCUACUGUAUCGGGCAGCGGCGAUUUCACACCAUGGACGAGUUGGUGGAACACUACAAAAAGGCGCCAAUCUUCACCAGCGAACACGGGGAAAAGUUAUACCUUGUCAAAGCCCUUCAGUGACAGCCGAGGCGGGGUCCCCUCCCCACGGUCCUCUUCCAACUACAAGCCUUAGGUCCAACACUCAUUUCCGCAGCGCGGGGCUCAUCUACCUGAAGAAGAAGGCUGAAGCCGCUGGCUCCCCUGCAGAGGGUUGUGCUCUCUCUAGUGGCGUGUCCUUUCUUGGGUUCUUUUGCUGGUUGACCUUUUAGCCAGUUCUGUUUGUGUUCCGUUUGCCUUAGGUGUAAACCAUGAGCAGCCAUCUCUAGCACUCACAUCCACGCUCAAGUCCAGCACCCCCCGCCCACUAGGUUUGUAGAAUUUGGAGAUGGAAGAGAGGCGUGUUUGUUUGCUUUAUUCUUUUUCAAUUGGAAGUGGUGUUAGUCUGUUCAAAUUGUUCAUGCUGACAGAGCCCCCUGUUAAAAAGACGUUGGGCACAGUCUGAAUGCCCUGAAGCUACAGUUCAUUGAGACAGAGUACACUCAAGAAGUUGUGGCCAGGAGCUUUAGGGCCGUUUUGCUUACCAGGUAGCCUACGAGGAGUUUCUAGGUCCCAGAAGCAUUUGUUCCCCUGCCCUUUGCUCUCACGUGGCUUCCCAGACUCUCCAAAGAGUGAACGUAUUUGGUGGUAGCACUAAACUACUAAGUCAGAUUGUCGUUCUAGAGCCUGUCUCGUGCAUUUUGGACUGUGCUUGCAAUAAAGAACAACUUUGAAACUCAGUCUGCAAAAGAAGAAACCGGUGACUCAUAAAGAAUAGAACGUUUUGGUGGUUGACCCCAAAUGUGCCAUCCACAUAGUGCUUUUUCCUUUCACCCUCCUGCUUGCUUGAAUUUUAUAAUUAUGUAUUUAAUUCUCAAAUUUAUAAGUGUACCUGUAGCUAUUUGUUGACACUAAUACAGAUGAUUAUGGAGAACAGCUGAUCUUUGGGGAAGGGGAGCUACCAACACUUUAUAUAUGUGUGUGCGUGUGUGUGUGUGUAUACACACACACAUAUAUUCACCCACAUACACACACUAUAUGUGUGUGUAUAUAUAUAUACAUAUAUAUAAUUUGCUUUACAGGGAAAUUUUUUAGGGUUUACAGAGAAUAUGUGAUUGGUAGUGAGAGACACACAGAAUGUUUAUGAAGAAGAUGCAUUCUCUUUUUUCUUUGCAUUUAAGUUUCUUUAUAGUUUAUACGUCUUGAGAUGGCACAUUCCUGAGAUUGAAGAAGGGGUCUUGCGAUUCCCCUAAACUUGCAUACCCAGUUUUUUGGAUAUUGUAAUAAAAAAGUAUUAUGACGAGACUAUGCGUAGAUUUAUCUUUGGCAAAACUCGGACGCAAUUAUGAGCAUAUCUACCGCAGCUUUUUCCAAACGCUCUGUGCUGAGAGGGAAAAUUGUUAGGAGUUUAACAAAUUAUUUGUGUGCUUCCUUUUUCUACCACCACAUCUUUGUAUAUUGAAAUAAUAAAUUUUAAUUAGUGAAAUUCCAUGAGAAACCAGAAUCACAAGCUUGGUCGUAACAUUACUCUUUGGAAGUUAUUUAUUUAAAACGAUGUCUUGCCAAACUGUUGUCAGCCAGCCAGAGUUCUCAUGUUUAGUUUUUCUCUCCUCAUUAAUGUCUUACUUUCGUUUGCUCAGUCAGUAAGCAUUUCUCAAACAAUCACAUGUGCCAGACACUGGAAAUAGUCACAUAAACACAAGGUUUGUUCCCUUUUGGGCUAAUUGUAGCUGAAGUUUACUGAGUGCUACCUGCGUGCCAGGCCCAGUUCCUCACUGACCCCAUCAAGACCCCACGAGGUGGGUCCUAUCAUCGUCCCCAUUUCACAGAUGAAGAAAAUGAGGCACAAAGUAAAUACCCAAGGCUAGUGGGUUAGUGAACGUUAAAGCACGGAUGCAAACCCAGAGGACCUGGCCCCGAGACUGCCUGUUGAGUGCUUUUGCUCCGCCAUUCCUGUUUCCUGUUUCCUUAGUGUUAAUUGCAUCUUUUUGUUGCCUUUGAUUAUAAUAAAGAAGGUUGGUUCUGGUUACUGAGAUGGGGGGCGGUGGGAGGGGAGACAGUUAUAUAAGAAUAGGCAUCCAGGUUUUGUAGUGAGACUGUCAUCACCUUAUACAAAAUAACAUUUGUCCUGUACUUUAUCCAUGGAAACAAUUCCUCUUGACUGUUUCAGGUUCACAUUUUGGCUUCAGUUUAGAAUCAUUCUCAAUAGUCAGUGCGUGGAGAGCUGAACAACUUUGAUAUACACAUAGCCAUUCAGGAAGAAAUGAGUAAUUAAAGGAUGGAAGACAGAUACACAUUUUGGCUUCAGGAGCUUUGUUAAGGCUUAUAUUGUAAUUGACACUUAUUUUUAAUCUUUUCACAAACAGAAUUCUCCAGCUCACUUGGGUAGAUCAGGGCUAUCUUUUAUUAAGGAAAUAGUACUCCAGUGGACCUAGGAGGGUGGAUUGAUAGCGCCAGGGUGCAUCUAUCUGUAGACCAGGAGCCUGAAGACUGCACCCCAAAUGGUUUGGAGUGUUACCACGAUGCUCUGGCCAGGUGGUACUUCUGCCAUGGAAAAUCUCUGCGUGUCCAAAGAUUUCCUAAACAAAUCUCCCUGCUUUGCUAUCGGCAUUGCCCCUUGGCACAGACAGCAAAGAACAAUAAAGGUUAUUCUGUAGCUGGGUAACAUUUCUUUGCACUUAGAUCUGACUUCAUUUUACAUAAAUAAUGUGACAUAUGGGCACCCUGCUGGGUUACAGUUCAUAACUUCUAAGCCCUUCACAGGUAGUUGAUGGCCAAAUACUGUUACACAAUGAUUCUUGGGAGCCAAACGGUCCAUCAGUUUUUUCCCAAAGUGUAUCACAAAUUGAAAUCUUAAAUUAUAAUUAGAAUCUUUAUAACCACUGGAACGCCGACAUUUCUAAAAGAAGCAUUUUGGACUCCAGGACUAUUUUGUCUUUCACUUCUGUAGCUGAUUUAUAUCUAUUUUUCUACCAUUCCUAUUGCCUAAUGCCAGAAAAAUGUCUUUAAGACCAAAGUUCAGAGGUGAAAAUAGAAAAGUUUGAAGGUAUUUGUUCAAUGUAUUGACUUUCAUUAAAUAUAGGUUUAGUUUUGACUUCUCACUGGAAUCUAACAUUAUUUGUUGUGUUGUUAGUAUAUAAUUAGUGUAGUUAAUAUGGCUAUUUCAAUUCUAACACCUUUCCAGGUGCUAAAUGAAGUGGGACUCAUUCAGCCACAGACUCUGGAGCACCUACUAGGAGCCAAACACGAUAGCAGUGUGGGGUUCUUAUUAGCCCUGUGAUUCAAACAAAUCACGGAGUGUCGAUGACUGUGUUUGCUCAGGAGUAAAGCGGGGUUGCUACCCACCUACAUUUAACAUGCUCGACUACUAACCGAAAGGUUGAAGGUUCAGGUCCACCCAAAGUCUCCUCAGAAGAAAGGCCUGGCGAUCUUUAAAAAAAAAAAAAUCCAUUAAGAAACCUGUGGAGCACAGUUCUACUCUGACACACAUGGGGUCACUGUGAGUCGGAAUGGACUCAACAGCAGCAGGCAGCGACCCACCUGUAUCAUCACAGCUGUGCGAGGAGGCGGUGAGGUGAUGCGUGUGGAAGUACUUUGUGUAAAGUGCUAUAUUCAGUAAUGGCAGUCAGGACCUGCUGUGUGUCACACAAUCCACUUAAACGUUCGUCUGCACACGGUGGAACUCAUCAGUACCUCGUUAACCCAUUGCCACUGAGUCGAUUCCAACUCAUAGCGACCCCGUAGGACAGAGUAGAACUGCCCCAUAGAGUUUCCAAGGAUCGCCUGGUGGAUUUGAACUGCCGACCUUUUUGGUUAGCAGCUAUAGUUCUUAACCACCAUGCCACCAGGGUUUCCAGCACCUCAUUAGCCACGGGCAUUCCUCAGAUGACCCCAACAUGUAGAGCUCUGGCCCAGUCAGACCACCACUGUGAUCCUUACUCAGCAGUCCUGGAGCCAGCCUUUCCCUGUUUCUUCAACUUAGACUCUUACAGUGUUUGAGAGGUCUCUUCAAAAACUGCUGCUUUCAUUUCAAGUCCAGAACUGAAAUCCAUAUUCAACACUCAAAUUUUUACCUGAGGUAGUUGCCAAAGUCACAUCCCUAAAAAUAGUCCUCUUUGGGGGGAGAAACAUCUUUUUUUGUUCACUGUGAGGAAAUCCUUCUGUUUUUCAGCCUGAGUCUGACAACACAAUCCCUACUGAGUACUGAGCAAAAUUUGCAUAAGCCAACAAGUGCCAGUUAAACCUUUUCUCCCUCUCAGAAGGUGGUGUUCCCACGGCUCUGAGAACGCCGGCCGUUGCUGUUCUACAUAAAGCUCAUUCAGACCUAGAGGGCUUACAGUUCCAGCCUUACAAACUGCUGCUUCAGGCAAAUCCUGGAGCCCUGGUGGCACAGUGGUCAAGAGCUACAGCUGCGAACCAAAAGGUUGGCAGUUCAAAUCUACCCGGUGCUCCUUGGAAACUCUGUGGGGCAGUCAGAAUCAACUUGAUGCCAACAGGUUUGGUUUGGUUUUGGUUUCAGCCAAAUCCAGGGCCAACUGAAGGACCAAGACCCAAACAAGGAAAAAAAAAAAAAAAGACACUAGUGUUUGCUUCCAAAUCACCCUGGGUGGGGGUUCCUCAUGAGUCGGAAUCAGCUGGAAGCAACUGGAGAGGAGGGAGGAGAACAAAUUGGGACCUGAACUUUGAGUGCUUUCCUUGUCUAUUUGAAAUCUGUGGGAAAAUACCUGUUCCGUGCACUUGGCCUUUCUUUGGCUCUUAGAGAAAUGUCUGAUCUUGAGUGCCUAAAAUGGUUUGGCUUUGGUAUUUUUUUUAGCAGUCUUACUUGUCUGCAUUUGGAUUUCCCAUAUCAUAGCUACUGACACUCCGAGCUAGCUGGAGAGACUCAUUAUGUCCCAUCUUUGGAGGGAGUCCUGUUACUUGACAGUAGGUUAUUACUGAAGAUGGUUGAGCCUGACAGCUGUUAUAAAAGCUUACUUUGACAGCUUUUGAAAACGCACAGCCUCAUCACCACCGGGGCAUCAGGCAUUUGGCCAACUCUGCUGGGUUACCAGAUUCUGCAGCUAAACUAAUAUCAGGCACCAGGGGACUAGGUCGUUUUGCUUCAGUUGCCCUCUAAUGAGUAAGGCAAGUGGCCCUCUGAGAACAGGUCAUGGCCUGAGGAAACUCCAAGUCCAAAAGUCUUUGGGGACUUUAAACAGAGGUCCUGCUUUCAUGGGAGUUGAACCCAUUGGCUUUUGUCUGGCCUGGGGUUGAGCCUGGGCUCUGCCCCUCAACAGCAGAGCAGCCUCCAACAAGGUCCCAAACCUCUUUGUGGCUCAAGUGCCUCAGAAAAACUGGUGCGUACCUGCAGUUCUUACACAACCCUUCAAAGACGAUGUUGUUAGAAUUUAUACAUUCAGAUAAUGUGUCUUAGUUAUCUAGCAAUGCUAUAACAAAUACUACAAGUGGAUGGCUUUAACAAAGAGAAAUUUAUUCUCUAACGAUCUAGGAGGCCAGAAGUGCAAAUUCAGGGCACCAGCUUCAAGGGAAGGCUUUCUCUCUCUGCCCAGGGGGAAGGACCUUGUCAUCAAUCUUCCCCUGGUCAAGGAACUUCUCAGCACAGGGACCCCAGGUCCAAAGGUACAUGCUAUUCUCCUGGCUCACGUUUCUUGGUGGUAUGUGGGCCCCAUGUCUCUCUGCUUGCUUCUCUCUUUUGUAUCUCAAAAGAGACAGGCUUAAGACACAACCUAAUCUUGUAGAUUGAGCCCUACCUCAUUACCAUAACUGCUGCUAAUCCCACCUCAUUAACAUCAUAGAGAGGAUUUACAACACAUAGAAAAAUCGCAUCAGAUGACAAAUGGUGGACAACUAUGCAAUACUGGGACUCAUGACCUAGCCAAGUUGACACACAUGGAGGGGGACACAAUCCGUAACAUAAGGUGAAUUCCUUAACAUAAUCAUGUAAAAUGCUUAGAAGCUUUGUACAGAUUGUUAGAUGAUCUUAAUGAAAAGGGGGAAAAGUAGGUUAAUGUGUUAAAUUAUUAUCAGAAUGGAGCCAGUAGUGAGUAAAAUGAGAUUCCAGACCACAUCUGAUUGCAGUAUCACAGAGGCACUGUGGUUGAAUGAAUUCAACAUAGAACUCCAUAUACAAAUGGAAUUCAGUUGCUAGCAGGAUUUACUUGAAAAAUGACAUGGAUUUCCCUUCCAGUGCUGUGAAGAGCAGGGAGUAAUAAAAUAAGUAAGGCAUGACUUUGAAGUAAUGAAACCAAAUAAAUAUUUGCCUGACUAGAAAAUAGACAUCCAAAUAGCAUCCAAAUCCUGUAAACUCUGUCACAGUGGUCAUGUUAGCUGUUGAAUGCUUAGAGACACUACCUUUGCUGAGGAUACUUUUCGGAACAUCGUGAGAAAAUGUCCACCCAUGCUGGGGUGUAGCCUGAACCUACUGGUGCUAGACAAUCCUUAGGGUUUAUUCAGAGUGGGAAGGGUGGUAUUGCUUAUGGAACUACUCAGAAAUCAUUUGGAGAAGUUAGAGAAGUUUUUAUUUUCUUUUUCAUACUUUUUAAUAUUUCCCACAUUUUCUUCAGUAGAUGUGAAUUAUCUGAAUGAAAAAUACAUAGGGAAAAAAUGUUUUCUAUAUUUGUGUGGAGUAAAAUUGGGCAGAUAAAAUUAGGUGCUCACAUCAGUUAUACCAGUUGUAGACAAAUAUUUAGCAGAGAGAUUUCUGCUGUGGAUUUUGCUUGGUUUCCUUCAAGUAUUAGGAAGUAAUGUUAUCUUUUGUCAAUAUUUUCAUCAAAAAUGCCUGUUAGAAAUAUGAUUGCCAAAUUUAAAAGUGCAAUGAAGUCAAUAAACAGCAGAAGAAAACUGAAUUCAAA